AGAAAUAGUUUUCUUUCUCUGAAGGAAGCUGAUUAAAAGUUUAGCAAAAAAUCUGUGAGUGUGCUACAAGUGUUUCAUAAUGCCAAAGACAGAAGUGAAAAUAUCAUUCUGCCUGACUCAUUUAUGAAGGAGUUCUUAAAAAGCAGCAAACUCUGAUUUCUUUUAUUUCCACGGGAGCGGUGUGGCAAGUUUGGUUGUGGCCAAUGUCUUUCCUUUUGUUCCUAAAUCUCUUGAUCCUCAUUCAACCAGCUUUUCAGGUAUCAGGUAAGCUCUUCUUCACUUCCAUCACCGUUGUUACCUCAGCAAUAAGUUGAGGUGCAUAUUUCAGGUACUUUUAUUUGGUUAAAUUUAAAUAAUCUUCUGGAAGUUAAAGUUGUACAGUUUGGAAGUUAAAUCCAUGACAUGUUAGAUUGAAUGAUAACUAAUUUAACAUUUAAGUUGCUCACAACAAAGAAAACAGGUGUGGGUUACAAUAAAUUAACUGCUAACACAAUUUUGAAAACAUGUUUUUAAAUUGUGUUCUAUUGCUUCAAGAAAUACUUUGCUUUUUUCCUAUACAGAAGUCAGUCAUAUCCCUGUUGCUUAUUUUUGCACAAUACAGAAAAAAAUGCUAAAUAUAAGAAAUUUUUAAACAAUAACACGUUAACAAUAUUAUUCAUGAAAAAUACUCAGCAUCUUCAUUAAAUGACAGUGUUUGCUGAUGAUACAUUGAUAAUGGCGAAAGAUUCAAUUGUUGAGCUUCAGUCUUUGAAAGAACACUUAGAAAUCUUCCAUCAAGAUUUAAUUGCAAAUUAAUUAUGCAAAAUAAAAAAUACUACCAAUUAAUUUGAUGGUGACACUUCAAAAGCGGCUGACAGAAAUGUCAAAGAUAAAGAUAGCCCAUGUGAGGUUUAAAUACCUCGGGAUAAUCUUAACAGUUGAUCUCAAUUAAAUCAAGGAAAUUAUGAAGCUUUGUUAAAAACAAUAAACAAAGAACUGUUAAAGUUGAAGCUCGCAAGCCUUGGCUGGCUAGGUCGUAUCACGGCUAUAAAAAUGUCAAGACAGCCGGCCAGAGGUAGGUGGAACAGUAUUUUGGGAGGGAGAAUAAAAGGAGCCAUUUCUGAGGAAGUUUAAGAGAAAGCAAAAGGGAGAGUUGUUUCUGGUCUGUUUGUGUCCACUCUGAGGAAAGUAUCUACAGCUAGAGAAAGGAGACUCUUAGCUUAGAUUAAAAGAGUGUAUGCAGUGCCUAGGGAGAGUAUUCAGCCAGGAGUUAAAUGGGAAGCUGAGUUUGACCCAGGAGAAGUAGAAGUUGUGAGGUUACAGUUUACUUAGGUCUCAUUCCAGUCAGGAGGGGAGAGCUCCUCUAGAAAGAGAAGACUCCCAAACCAGUUAAGAGGGGUGAGGUGAUCCCUUGGGUCUGUUACUUGGAAUACCUCAGGAGUGUGAUUGUAAAAAGGUAGGGUAACUGACAAAAAGUACCACCUUGGUUAGGAACCAAAGAAUUAAGCUGUGGAUGAAGCUGUGGAUGUAACACCAAAGUAAUUAAGUUUCAGGAACUGAAGUAACAUAACUGAACAUAAGCAACUGAAGCUUAAAAGAAGCUGUGUGUUUACUACUUUGAUUGGAGGCCUGUAAUGGAAUCCAUUAGAUUUAAUGUAAAUAUUAAAUAAGUUAACUGCUUCUUGAAAGUACAUUAUUUCCUGACACAUCCUUUGUUUUAUUAACUUUGUUCUAUAAAAUAAAUCUUAUCUGUUCAACUUCUGCCUGGGUCUCCAAGUAUCAAAGUUUUCCCUCACACAAGAACCCAAAGUUAACCUGUUGUUGUGAUUAUAGUGUGUGUCCAUAGGUGGGAGCUACCACAAUUGGUGUACAGCAGUAGGAUCCACCACAUAAUUGGUGCUAGAAGUGGGAUCCACUAUAAGAGCCCUGUGCAACUUUCUCACAAAGUUCCUUCCUAUUAUUUUUCCUCUCUUAAUUUUACAGAGAGUGACAGCUUUCUGAUAUAUAAUGAAAACCUCAAGCUUUGUAUACAGUCUUGGAACACUCGUUCCAUCAUCCUGGACUACUGUGAUAAGAGUAAUGAGCGGCAAAAUUUUAGGUGGGUUUCCAACGGCCAUAUUUUGAACAUGGCGACAAAGUUAUGCCUGGCAGUGCCUUCCAAGUCAGACCAGGCCCGGGUCACACUCUCCUCCUGUAAUGAGACCACUGAACUUCAGAAAUGGGAAUGCACAAAUGAUACAAAGUUCCUUGGACUUGAACACCAAGAUUUGUUUGUAACUCCUGAGGGUGGUCGAAAAGAUCGUCUUAUGCUGUCUAAUAAAGCCACCAGCGAGAAUACCUGGAAGAUCUAUGGAACUGAAGACAAAUUGUGUUCUAAACACUAUGAAGGUAAAGUUCAGAUAAUCUGUUCUCUUUUUUUAAAUGACCAGGUUGUGUAUUUGCUUCAAGCGUGAUGAAUCUCCUGCAUCAGGGGGUGAAAUAGGCACUUCAAAAUAUAUCAGUAGAAAAACCAAACUUGAUAACAGUCAUCAGGACCACAGUAAACGGGCAGCAGAGGCUGUUUAAAACAGUCUGCUUCUACAGUGACAGACUUGGGUAAUGUGGCACUUCGUGUGAGGUCAAAAUUUGGCACCCCCGCCCAGCCCUCGUUCUGUCUUCUCAAAGACAGGUAAGGAGGCUCUUGGCUUUGGGAAGGAGGCAUGAGGGCUUGGGCAGGGGCAUAUAGGCCUCCUAUCGCCUCCCCAAAGAUGGGAAUGUGCUAACUAGGCUUUGGUAAGGAGACGGAAGGACUCUAGGACCCUGUCAGGGCCUUGUGCCUCAUUCCCAAAGCCCAGUAUCUUGCUUACUGGGCUCUGAGACAGCGCCCUCUCAGCUCAGCGCCCAGUGUUUGUGCCCUGCUCGCACAGCCCUAAAUCCACCUCUGGCUUCUGCCAUGGUAAAGACUAAUAUGUCACCCAGCCUCUCCAUCUCUCUGACUGUCUGUCUUCUAUCUCCCCAACACCACACACAUACAUUAGUCCCAGGAAGGGACUAAUGUAAUUCCAGCCAAAUCUAAGUACUAUGAAAACUCCAGUUACUUUCAUGUCACAAUAGAACUGGAUGUUGUUGUUGUUGUUCUGGAAGACUCCAACACUUGAAAGACAAAAUGCUGCUACCAGUCCAAGUCUCAGCUGUAGACCUGGUAGUUCAAGGGUGGGGGUGGGGAUUAAAUUCUAUUCAGUUUGCAUUUAAAGCUGAAUUUAUCACAUUUGCACUUUUGAAAACGUUAGGACAACUAAAACAGACUUUCCCUUCAAAAUUCACAGUUGCCUGAAUUUUGCAAUGUAGUUCUGCAACCAAGCAUUGCUUACAAAAAGGUACCUAUUAGGGGAAAGUGUGCACAAAAAAUAAACAUAUUUGCAAAAAAAUAUUUUGGGGAAAGUUGCUUGCAGAAAUAUACACAUUAGUCAAAUCUGCAUAUAAAAUGUGCUCCAUAUGAGAUAUUCACACUAAAAUGCUGAAUAAAUCACGAGGAUUUUUUAAAGUGCAAAUUCCUGCAGAAAUGUGGAGAACUGAAUUUACAUUUGAAAAGAAAAAAAAGAAACUGAGAGAAACAAAACUGACAAAUUCUUCCAUCCCUAGUCAAGGGGUAAAAGCUAAUUAGGGGAAAUAUCAAGGGGAAAUAUCAGGAGUGACAAUAGUGGAGUCUGCUGUCAGAAGCCAGCAGUAAAGGGGCAGAGAACAUGCUCCAGGGUUCAGUCUUAUUAGCAAGGGGUGGAGUCCAGUAGUAAAUGAGCAGGACAUAAACAAUUACAUUGUUCAAUUCAAGUGUGGAUGUGUUCCUUGUAUAUACCCCCUGGUACAAAUCAGUCCAAACUCCAGCUAUAUCACAAGAACAGGGCAAAAGCUAAAAAUGUUGAACUCUAGCAGCUGAGAGAAACUGCAGAGCAAACAUUAAGGCUUAUGUGCAAACCAUAUAUUCAAAGCACAUCUCCGCAAGGAAUCCUGCAAACUGGUUUGUUAAGGGUGCUGGGAACGUGUGAUUUCCCUUUCUCUCACUGCACUGAAACAUUCGCCACUUCCAGGUGCUGCUUCACUCCUGUCACAAAACACACAUGUGCCUUCUGCCAUAGCAAAAUGUUCAAGUGAAGUUUUUCAGUUGCAAAUGAAACUGAAAAUCCAUUCCAGGAUAGAACUAUCCCUGAACAGUACGUGCUCCAUUUCCCUUUAGCUCUGUUUGCCUUAGAAGGCAAUGCUUUCACCUCCUUUGUGUUGCAACAAGGGCUCAGGUCUACCCAAACUGGAUGGGCUGUACUUUUCUGUUUAUUUGGCCACCCGACUCUGGAAUAGGCAUUCCAUUAUGGGCACUAGUGUUUGAGUGUGCAUACCAUGCAGCCUACUUCAGAAGGACUUGGAAAGAUAGCAAGAUGCCUUGUCUGAAGACAGAAUGUUGGCUCGUCUACCUCUUAUUGUCAGCACUGACUGGCAGUGGUUUCAACCAGGAGUCUUUUCCAACCCACCCUGGACACACCAAGGACUGAUUAUUUACUUCAAUUAAAGGGAAGUUUUCAUGUAUGCAUUGAUGCAAUAGAAUGGAUGUUCAAAACUUGAGGGAUGUGAACACUGGAAAAAAAGUGUACGUGUGCAUCUGCGUGUAUAUAUAUAUAGAGAGAGAGAGAGAGAGAGAGAGAGAGAGAGUUUUGUAUUCAUUUCUUCUGCUUUAGCUAAUUCUCAUAACUGUUUGAAAGCAGUCCGGCAUAACACAGUCUGUUCAAUUUGCCUUUAGCUCUGUAUACUAUAGAAGGCAAUGCCUUGGGAGCCCCAUGUAGGUUUCCAUUCAAGUUUCGGAACAAAUGGUAUGCUCAAUGCAUAAGAGAUGAUGAUAAUCAUGGACAACUUUGGUGUGGAACAACUGAAGAUGUGGAUAGAGACUCUUUAACUGGAUAUUGUCCAAUAAAAGGUAAACAAUUUCAUCUCUCUGUGGUAGCUUAUCUUAAAGUUUUAAGUGUCUAUACGCUUAUUGCAUUUAUAAAUUUUAAAUUUAUUGUUGUAAAUUGUUUUAAAUGUUUGUUUUCCUUCUGGGAUUGUACCCCCAAGUAUGUUUUAUAAGCUGGUCUCCGACUGUAAUAAUUAUCUAGCAGGUAAACAAUUAAAAAAGUUUUAUUUAAACCUUUACUUUGCCAUCAUAUAUUUGAUGCUUAGAGGAAUGGUUCACCUACAAAGAGAAAAGAGAAGCUGUCUCUGUUGCCUCUGUUGUACAGAUUGUGCAAUUUAAGAAGAAAAUGGAGGGUGGGGACCUCUCCCCUGUGAGUCAGAACAAAAUGAAUUGUCAGUAAUGUCAGGCUACCCUACAGGAUCAGGCCUGCCGUUUUUCAUUUGAAAGCGAUGGUUAUAAGGAUGCAGCUCAGUUCAGGCCAGAAUCAAAGUCUAGACCAGAGGUGGGGAGCUGUCAGGAACUAAUCAGAUGAAGAGGAGUGGGGGAGACCUCCGCCCCAGCAGGCUUCCAGGCAGGAGGCAGAUGAAGAUAGUAUGGACCCAGGGUCAUGGUGGUUUGAGACAGGACACACCCCAGAAGAGGAAACAAAGAGCUGGGAAAUAAUGGAGGGUGAGGAACAGGAGCAAGCUAGCAGGUGCCCUAGUCCUGAACAGAGAGAGGAGUCAGGUAUGAUAGAAACAGUACAGCAGUCAAAUGACAUCAUGGCACUUGAAAGCCUGGUAGACUGUAAUUUUAUAAUUUGAUGUUAAUGUUAACAAUGCUUACAGAUGAUGAAUUUUUCUGGACCAAAAACCACUGGACAGGGGAUCUGUAUCAGAUCAAUUCCUACUCAGCUCUAACAUGGUACCAAGCAAGCAAAAGUUGCCAGCAACAGAAUGCAGAAUUAUUGAGCAUCACCGAUUUACAAGAACAAGCAUACCUGACAGGUAGGACAUAACAAGGCAUACCUGAAGAAGCAAUUGGUGUCCUGUGAUAUUCUGCUAAUUAGUCAAUACUGUCUCAACUAUAGACAGCAACUUCAUAAACAUUAUAUAAGAAGUAACCUCACCCCUAGAGGAGUUUCGAACAAUCCCCAUACAGGUUAUCCGUUGCAUCUCAGGUUAACAAAGGAUCUGGUACUUCUUCUGUGUCUUUAACAACUGUAUGAGGAAUUGAAUGUAAGGUUGUGUCGGUUGAAGAUGAUGAAGCAUUGUACCUGCAUACUAGACAAAAUGUUCCAUCUAAUUUCUACCCUAGAAACAUAAAAAAUGAGUAUGGUCGUACCUUGGUUCUUGAACGGAAUGCAUUCCAGGAGUCUAUUUGAGUUUGAGAACCAAGGCACAGCUUCCAAUUGGCUGCAGGAAGCUCCUGCAGCCACUCAGAAGCCACUGAAGCCAUGCUGGAAGUUCAGCUUCCGAAAAUCGUUCAAAAACCGGAACAAUCACUUCUGGUUUUCGAUCGUUUGGGACAGGAACAUUCGAGUUGCAAGGCGUUUCGCUUCCAAAGUUCCACUGUAUUUCUUUCAUUUUCUCAUUGGCCCCUGCCUCCAGCUUCCUAACUAUAAACCUCAUGCUACAUAAUAUCUGCUUACCUGGGGCUCCGGAGGAGGAUGUUUGUCACACAGUAUGACUGCAGCUGGGCCCAGAAGGCCGCCAUCUUCCUGCCCAGCCAGGGGAGGGGAUGGCCACCUGGUACCCCCCCCCCACCUCCGGCCGUUCUGUGGCCUAAUUCAACCCAAUACCAGUAUCCUGUGUCCAUUCUGUCAGCCCUCCCUACAGCAGCUGCAGACAUCAUAUGCCUGUGGCAGUGAUUCAGUAUGACUGAUAUUCUUUUCCUUGAAUAGGAUUAAUAAAUGAUAAGAAAAAUGACUACUGGAUUGGAUUGAACUCUUUCGAUGUUGAGAGUGGGUGGCAGUGGAUUGGCGAUCGUCCUUUCAGAUAUUUAAACUGGGCUCCAGGUAAGUAAACAUUGGCAUGCCAACAACUAAAUAAAUACUGAAAGCCAUCUCCAUUUAGUAUUCAGUCACAUAUGGUAUUAUUAAAAAAUUGUAUUCUGCCCUAUACCUUCAGGUCUCAGAGUGGCUCACAGGAUAAAAUCACAAUAUAAAAACACAGUAUAAUCAAAAUAAAUAUGGUAAAUGCUUCAAGGGAUUUACUGGCACCUAUAAGAUCCAGAAUGGAUACUACCCAAAGGAAUUCUCUGGUUCUCACCAAUACCCUGAAGUUUAGUUAUCCAUUGUCUCAUGGAGGGUAUUCUCAUUCCACCCCCCCCCCCCGCCCCCAGUGUUGACAAAUGUUCAUUCUGGCAGCAGUCAGCAAUCUUGCAUUAAUUACCUCUCCCCUCUUGGUACAAUAACUUUAACAUAUCCAAAUAACAAUAUUAGAGGCUCCAAAACUUUGCCAAUUGUUACUUCAAUUUUGGUUAUUCUAUCCUCCCAGAAUUUUCUGAUUUUAGGACAUAACCAAAAUAUGUGCCACAUCCCAGCAUUUUCUGCUUUAGGACUCCAAUAGGCAUCAUUCAAUGUACUAUAUAUCCAAUUAAGACAUAAUAGUGUCUUAGGUACCAGCAGAAGAAGAAACACACAUUUAAACACAUACAGAGUUAUUUUUCCAUUUCAAUGUCAAACAAACAACAUAUCUGGGAGAAGAAAAGGCUAAGGAGUAAACCAGACACAAAUCUGGAGUCCCUAAGAAAGUGGGAUGGCACCCAGGGGCGGAGGAAGUGGGGGGCAGGGGGGGGGCAGUUUGCCCCUGGUGUCACCACUGAGGGGGAUGACAAAAUGCUGGGCGGCACUCACUGCAGGGCCUGCAGCGCGCCCGAGCCACGUGUCUCUCCUGGGAGUGAUAUGGUGGCUUGGGCACCCGCAGGCUCUGCGCUGCCCCAAAUGGUCCACCCGCUGCCUCCCCCUCAGCUGUAGGUCGGCUGAGUGGGAGGAGGCAGGCAGACUUCUCGGAGGCCCCGUGGAGCGUCCUGCUCCAGCUCGCCCUCUCCCAUAGGCAGCUGAUCAGCUUGCUGUGUCGCUGGUGGCAUCUUAUACACCUCCUUCCAGCAACUCCUGCAGCCAAACUAAUGUCACACGUAUUUCUCUGAUUUCUUUUGAGCCACACCAGUAAGGCCGAGUGUGGGGUCUUAUCAUCUGGGUAGCCCAGGACUUCCAUACACACUGUCCAGGCUUGCACCACAGGGAGGUCAUUUUGGUGCUGUUACUGCAGCUGUUUGAGUUCAUCCCCAGAGGCGCACUUUAUUGUCUCUUGAGACAGACAGAUGUCAACAAUAACAACACAAGCCUUACCCAUUCCAUAAAAGGGCUGUAUAUACAUGCUUUAAUAAAUCAAUAAAGUGUAUUGGUAUUUAAAAUCUUGUAAGCAACAUCUUGAAAUAAAUAAUAAUUACAGUGUUGCUAUGUUAGUACAAAGCAAAAAAUAAUUACAGUUUUUCUCACUCUUUCUUAAAGGUAGCCCAUCUCCAGAAACAGAAAAGAUCUGUGGAUCAAUGCAGUCUGAAAAUGGCAAAUGGCAGAAUAAAAAGUGUCAAGAUAACAUUGGGUACAUUUGCAAGAGAGAAAAUUCUUCAUCAGAUACUUCUGUUAUUUCUUCAGGUAGGAUGCUGCACUGGGAAUGAAGUUUACCUUUAUAUUGUUGUAUCAUAAGUUAUGGAGUGUGUCAGUGUCCAAUAUUUCUUAAAACUUUUCUCUAGUAAUGGAGGUUUUGUUAUCUGUAUGCAAUGUGAAGCAUUUUAUUGGACUCAGAUGCUGGAGGAUAUUUUAUCAGUAGCCAAGAAUAAGUUAUCUAUCGGUAAAGAUGUAAGGCGUGGUCUAAAAAGGCAUAUGUUGCUGAGUAGAUUUCCAUGGGAUGGAUAUAAUCUAGAAAUCAAUCGUGAAAAAAGAUGGGAAUUAUAGAAAAGAAAGAAAUAUAUUGGAACUCCUGUACAAAGCUCAAACAGUCUUCCCCCUACAUCUAACUUUGUGAUUAUUACAUUUUUGUGUAAACCUUUGUGAUCCUUAUGAAUGUGGUUUAUAAUUAUUAUCAGUCAAGUCAUUGAAAAGGUGUGAGUUGUAUGCAAAGAGGAGGAAAGCAAGUGAGGAGGAGGAAAGCAAAGCCAGAAUUAGGGUGGUGUGGCCAAUUUCUCUGCACAGGGCACUGAGCCAAGGGGGAACAAAAUAAAUAGAUAAGUAAAUAAGGAAUGAAUGAAUGUGAAAAUAAGAAAUAUUGGGGAAUGCCAUUUUUUGUCUUUGCUCAGGGUGCCAUAUUCCCAAAGCCUGCCUCUGAGGAAACUAUCAGCUAGGACUGCUGAGAAUAUAUGAUUGCAAGUUUAUGCCAUGCUAUAAAAGUUUAUAUGUUCUAUGACAUUUCCUUGUGCUCCUGCUUGCGCAAGAUCUUGUGCAAGUGGAAGGAUGUCUUCAGAUUUAAUUUCACAAUUUCCUGCAGUAAAGGGUGGACUCCUCAGCUGGCCUGCCACUUCCACUCACUACACUCGGCUGAGCUGUGCAAAUUCAUAAAACAUGUCUCACAGGGGGAGAGUAACCCCACUUCCCAGUCCCACCUCAGAUCUUGUAGACUUGGCUCACCACCAUUUUGUUACCUCAACUGGGUUUUGAAGUGGUUGCAGAAGGGGGGGUUCUUACCAGAAGCCUCUUCCUCAGAAGCUUUGACCACUUGUGGUGGUGCACCCUCUGCGGGUGCUGCUAUUUUCAACACUGAGCAGGUGUUGAAAAUGAUAGUGCUUCCUCAUGACCUGGUACAAACCUAGGACCUGUUCAACAACUUUCCUGGGAUGAGGGAGCCCCAUGAGUUGCCAGGGUUAGGUCUGGUAGACCCCAGUAAAGGGGCUGUAUGAAGUCCCCUUCUGCAUCAUACAUGAUGUUUGACUCAGUCCCAAAUUCUGUCAUUGGAUUGACAAUACAUAAUUUCUAAGGACCGUGUGUAUAUGUGUGAGAGAGAGCAGGUUGCCUUCAACAAGUGUGGUGCCACAGAGUUCUGCCUUGGGCUUGGAUGAAGGAAUUGAGGGGAUGUUUAUCAAAUUUGCAGAUGAAAUCAAACUGUGAGGGGUAGAUGAUACUGCAAAAGUUAAAAUCAGAAUACAAAAGGACCUUAACAGAUUGGAGAACUGGACCAAAACUAACAAAAUGAAUUUCAACAGGGACACUUAGCCAAGAAUAACCAGAUUCACAAAUAGAACCUGGCUUGACAGCAGUGCAUGUGAAUAGGAUCUAGGGGUCUUAAUAGACAACAAGCUUAACAUGAGUCAACAGUAUGAGGCAACAGCAAAAAAAAGUUAAUGCAAUUCUAGGCUGUACCAGCAGAUGUAUGGUGUCCAGACCAAUGGAAGUAAUUGGGUCACUCUAUUCUGCCUUGGUCAGACCACAACUGGAAUGGAAUACUGUAUCCAGUUCUGGGUGCCACAAUUUAAGCAUACUGAUAUGCUGAAACAUGUGCAGAGGAUGGCAAUCAAUAUGAUCAAGUGUCUGUAAACCACGCUUUAUGAGGAACAGUUGAGGAAGUUGGGUGUGUUUAGCCCAGAGAAGAGAAGUCUGAGAGGUGAUACCUUCAAAUGCUGCCAAUGUCAGACUUUUGGAGCUUCCCAAUGGCCGUCAGAAGACGUAGCAGUUAAGGCAUUGGGUAGGAUCCAUAGUAAUUAAUGAAAAGGAGUGCUGUUCUUUGGGUUUGCCUUCCAGGAAAUUGGGGUGCCCUGUUAAAGGUAUCCUAAGAGAGGUGCUCAUAAAUCCAGAUGGGGGUUGAGGACCAUAGCACUGCAGUAGGUGGCGAUUCUGAUGGGUUGCUCCUAUUUGGCGUAAGUCAUAGGGCAUUCCUAUCUCAGAAUCGACCCCAUCACCAGCAGUCAGCAGACGGGCCGACUGAACAGGGAAUCACCCAAUGCCUGAGCCAAAUUCAUUUAUAUCUGUAAUCAAUAAAGUUGUGGCCUGUUUUGAUCCAAGGACAUAGUCCUGGUUGUUGUUUCUUAAAAAAAAAAAAUCAUGUAUGCAAGGCACCAGGCAGUGAGCUCAGUGCACCUGAGCAUGUUUUCUUUAAGGAAAUCCAUUCAGUCAUGCUAUCUUAAAUAUGAUUUUUCUCUUUUUAGGUAGGUCAAAGCCUAUUAAAUGUUCAGAUGGCUGGGCUGCAUAUGAAGGCCACUGUUACCGCCUUUACAGACACCUCAAGAUGUGGCCGCAGGCACUAUCAUCCUGUCGAAAGGAAGGUGGAGACUUAAUAAGUAUACACAACAUUGAAGAACACAGCUUCAUCAUUUCUCAGCUAGGCUACCGUAAGUAUAUCCAGAAAGUUCCGUUCUCCUGGUAUCCAAGAUAUAUGUGAGAUAAAGGGGAAGAGAGUUUUUGAAGAUUCAGGACAGAUAGAAGAAAGGACUUCUUCACGCAGCUCAGAGUUAAUUAUGGAACUCACUCCCAAAGGAGGCAGUGAUGGCCACCAACUUGGAUGGUUUUAAAAGAGGAUUAAACAAAUUUGUGGGAAGGAGGGUUAUUGAUGGCUACGAGCCAUGAUGGCUAUUCUCUGCCUCCACAGUUGGAGGUAGCAAUGUUUCUGAAUACCAGUUGCUGGAAGCCACAGGAGGGGAGAGUUUGCUCUUGUGCUCAAAUCCUGCUUGCUGGUUUCCCAGAGGCAUCUUGUUGGCCACUGUGAAAACAGGAUGCUGGACUAGAUGGAGCAGCAGGCUCUUCUUAUGUUUUGUUGUUGUUGCCACAUGAUGGAAUGGAAUGUUAUUGGGACCCCUUCCCUGAUUAAAAAUAUUUUGGAGGGAUUGUCUGUUGUUGUUGUUGUUGUUGUUGUUGUUGUUAUGAUGAUGAAUAUGGGACACAAAAAUGUCAGAUGUGAGAUAUGGCACAGACUAUUACAGCCUUCCUCAGCCUGGUUCCAUCCUGAUGUUUUGAACUACAAACCCUAUACAUUUCAGCAUAACCAAUGGGCAGGGAUGAUGGGAGUCUUAUUCCAAAACAUUGGAGGGUACCAGGUUAGUGAAGAUGCUAAUGCAUCUGUAAUACUGCAUUAUGUGACUGACACUCCAAAAUAAACUUUUGGGCUUGCCCAGGGGUGGGGGAAUUCAGGCCUGGGCUCUCAGUCUAGCUUUUGGGGCUCUCCGUAGGCGACACGCACUGGAUGUGUUCAGCAUCCACCACAAGAGCUUUUGCUUUGCUGGUAGUGGCUCUUGCUUGCCUAGAUGGAGAAGACAGUAUGGCUGCAAGGGUCACUCGCCUAAAAUUCAGAGUGGGUGGCAGUUGCAGUCCUGGCGCAUCUCCCCAGGAGCAGAAAAGAUCAUUUUGCCCUCACAGCUGGCCAUUGGAAUACUCCUCAGCCAGCUGCGCGGGAUGAUGGGAUUGUCUGUCAAAAUUCUAAAUAUUCUGGGCCAAUCAAGAUCCUUGAGGGGUGGUUUGAGCAGCAGAUCCGAGUACUAGUCUUCACUCUGGUCCACCUGUGGAAAAUUAAAAGCCUGCUGAGCAUUGGACUGUCAGCACAGUUGGCAGAAGAACAGCCUUCCCACCAACCCUAUAUACUGUUCCUUGGGCACCUCGUUUUGAAGACUUUGCUGUGGUUCAAAAUGGUUGCUGUAUUAGGGGCUGGGAAGGAAUUUGCCUGCAAACAAAUUUGGCCUGUUUGGGGUUUCUGUCUUCCUAAUAGUAAUCAUCACAACUUUCAGCAGAUAAGGUAUUGGGUGGAAUCUUUAGUCUGUCUUCGGGUGUGGGCUGACAUGGUGGACUACCCCAACCACAAGCAGGUGUGAUAUAUCAGGGUGUCCUGGAAAAGUGUUCAUAAUCAAAGUUCUGUCCUGAAGCCAAGUGGGGAGCAGCUGGGCUUCCAAUUGCAGCCCUGGGCAAGCCACCUUAGUUGACCCACAUCUUGAGGUGGCCCUUAACCUACAUCUGUAAUCAAUAAAGUUCUGGCUAAUUUUUAAUCCCCAAAAGUUGUUGUGGCAUCUUUGUUCCUCCUGCCUUCCCUUGCCACUACCUUCCACAGGGGGGCUCACUGCACAUGGGUGUGCAAAAGCCCAUAAGUUAUGUGUGACUGAAAUGUAGCAUUGCUCUACCCACUGUGAAACAUCUGGGUUUAUUGCAAUUAAAGUUAGGGAGUAAAUAACAUGAUGAAUUUGUGUUCUUAGAGCCGGAGGAUAGUCUAUGGAUAGGACUGAAUGACCGGAAGACUCAGAUGUAUUUUGAAUGGAGUGAUGGAUCUACAGUGAGACUCACCAAGUGGCAGAAAGGAAAACCCACACACAUAAAUGAUGUGCAGAAUGACUGCGUAUUCAUGAAUGGGGAGGUAAAAAUAAGGAACGCUAAUAGAGAUGUAUUUCCCUUGGAUUCGUCUUUGUGUGAAAGACCAAACAAAUAUACUGACAUCCAAUCUGACACUCCCACAGCUAUGCUAGUGCACACCAAACUUUCCUACACUGUCCUUGUACUGUCCAGGUAAGCAGCAUAAUUGGUGUAAGCAGGGUGACUCCACAACACCCUCCCCACCACGCCAGCUGCUCCUGUUAAAAGCUAAUUGUAUACAGUGGUACCUCAGGUUACAUACGCUUCAGGUUACAUACACUUCAGGUUACAGACUCCACUAACCCAGAAAUAAUACCUCGGGUUAAGAACUUUGCUUCAGGAUGAGAACAGAAAUCGUGCUCCGGUGGCGCGGCAGCAGCAGGAGGCCCCAUUAGCUAAAGUGGUGCUUCAGGUUAAGAACAGUUUCAGGUUAAGAACAGACCUCUGGAACGAAUUAAGUACUUAACCCGAAGUACCACUGUAUUGCAAUUCUAGGAGAACUAGGGGUGUAAGGAUACAGUGAUUUGCCUCCCAUCCUUUGUUAGUCAUAAUUAGCACUGUUUCCAUACCACUACAUGAAAAAUGAUCUUCUUGAGAAUCUCGCCAUCUUUCUUUUUCUUUUUCUUUUUUAAAGAGGAAGCUUCUAGCAGAUAUGAUUGUGCCAUCACUUUGGUGAUGCUUCAGUUCUGGGCAUUGCUAAGUGUACCUUCCCAUAAUUAGAAAAAUUAAAAUAAAUUACACAAUUAGUAAAAAUAAAUUGAAGAAUACAUUUUGCAAAGUAAAAUAAUAUGCAUGAUCUGCAAACAAAUGUAAACAAUGCAUUUUUAAAGACAAGAUAAGAGAAAUCUGAAUUUUAUAUUUGGAACGUCUACAAAGGUAGGAAUUAGGCCACCUCACCUUGAGUUCUCCAGUUGGGAUAGAAGUAUAUUUUCAAAUGCUGCCAAUUUUUUGCAGGCUGAAACCUGACUUUGUUUAUCAUUAACAGGCUUGAAAUACCGUAAAUCUCUCUCUAAUCCUUGUUUCUUGGUAUUAUUGGUUUAGGCCGGGGGUGGAGUGCCAUUUUAGCUCGUUAUCUGCACCACCACUCACAGUCUCACAACUUAUUCUUUUUUCUCAGUAUAGAAAUUCAUUAUUGUAGAGGCUGUAGAAUUCAGAGCAGCGCAAAUGUAAUGGGUGUUUUGUGCAGCUGUCCCCCUUGUGCAACAAUAGAAAACUUUGCGUCAAGAAAAUGAGAAAGUGUAAAGAUAGUCUAUCCUCCUUCAUUGAGAUACGCAUUUCUUCACCUUUCCAUCUCCAGAAUGGAUACUGGGCAGAUAAUUUUUGUGAAGAGGAACUUGGUUACAUCUGUAAAAGAGCACCUUUGGCAAUUCUUUCUGAAGAACCUGAAAUUGCUGAUCCAAAUUGCCAAAAAGUAAGUAUAAAGUCAACCAUGUAGUAGUUUAAAAAGUGAAAUAAGCAUAUAUGCCAUCCAUUUCUAUUCUUAAUAUUCUAUUCUAUAAGAGUCUAGUCUAUAGGAUUUGUUGCCCAUUGAUGCAGAGGCACCUCUAGCCUUGAGAUAAGCUGUACAAUUUCUCUCUCCCAUAUACACACCAAUUGCUUGCCCUUCCUCAAUCGCAUUCUCUCAUCUUCAGCAACUACAACACCAUUAGCUUUCCUCACUUCUUUUAUUUUUUACUGCUAGCAAUGGGAAGAUCUAGACUGUUGUCCUAGAGGGUUUUCUGUUACUUAAAUUUCUCUUUCUUUUAUUUGUUUAUUGAGAAUAACAAUUUAUUAGCUGCACUGCUAGUAAUUAAGGUAGCAAACAAUGAUAAAUAAAGCAAAAUAAAGUAAACUCGGGAGUCCAGCAUCACUGCUAAAAAUGUAUAAAACCUUGCCAGGUGGUGAAAAGGCCAAAGAGAAUAAAUGUGUUUUGCACACCCUCUGGAAGGCAAAUAAAUAAAAGCAAAUGCAGAUCUCAGGGAGGAAUUUGCAGUGCCUUGGGGCAACUUUUUCAAAGGCCCUGCUCCUCAUGAGGGCAGUUCCAGCAGAUACGCAUUAUACCAUCCUCCCACUGCCCAUAACAGGAAGAGACAUUCUUAUAAAUCUGUGCUGGUCUCCAAGGUAUCAAAUGCUAAGCUUAAUCAAAUUUACUUGGAACCAAGGAAACUUCACUUCUGGAUUAUAGCCUGUAACCACACUUCAAAUUGAGCUCUCAUGUGCUUAUGGAAGUGUGUGUUCUUUGGGUUGUCACAGAAUCAUAGAAUUGUACAAUUGGAAGGGACCCAAAGGGUCAUUUAGCCAACUCCCUGCAAUGCAGGAAUCUCAACUAAAGUAUCCAUGACAGAUGGCCAUCCAGCCUCUGCUUAAAAACCUUCAAUGAAGGAUAGUCCACCAUCUCCCAAGGGAGCCCACUGUCUAACAGCUCUUACUGUCAGACAUUAUUCUUGAUCUCCAUUCUUGUAAUCAGAAUACAAGUCUUGCCCUCCAGAGCAGGAGAAAACAAGCUUGCCCAUCUUCCAUGUGACAGCCCUUUAGAUAUUUGAGGAUGGCUAUUGUAUCUCCUCUUUCCCUGGCUAAAAAUACCCUGCUCCCUCAACCAUUCCUCAUAAGGCUUGGUUUUCAGACCCCUGAUCAUCUUGGUCACCCUCUGUGAUGGCCUGGGAAUCCGAUUCAGAGGCUGAACCGGAGGAACCCCAGCCUGCACAAGAGUCCCCGCCUCCAGGGCCGGCUGAGCUGAGGCGGGGCCUUGGAUCUGAAGCGCCUGCACCUGUGCCGGAUCCUCAGGAGCAGGUACCAGGUGACUCCACUCUAGCUCCGGAGGUGAUUAAGGACACAGUGCCUACAGGUGCACCUCUCCCAGCCCUACCAGAGGAAGGUGAGUCUCCCCCUGGGUCCAGUAACUCCCCAGCCUCUCCUGAACUGCAGAGGCUUAGGGCAGAGAGGCGGAGGGAACUGGUUUCUCCCAGGAGGAGUGCUCACCUUAAGGCCAGGAGAGGCGGAUCUCCUGGGGGCCGGGGCCGCCCCUGGCCUCAGAGAAGAUAAAGGCCAGUCAGCCUGGUCCCAGGUUGUGGGAGCAACGUCGUUGAGUACCUGCUCCUGCCCGGACCCAGACCUGCCCUUCCAGUGUUCCUGUCCCCGCCCGGCUUCCUGCUUCGGACCUCGCCUCGCUCUUUGUGAACUGUUUCCAGACCAGUGACCCAGGACCGGACUUUGACUACGCCAAUGGUAACCUUCCCCCCGGGACCAGCACACCCUCCUCUGCACACAUUCCAGCUGGCCAAUAUGCUUCUCAAAUUGUGGUGCGCAGAAUUGGACACAGUAUUCCAGGUGUGGUCUGACCAAGGCAGAAUAGAGCAGUGCUGUAACUUCCUUUUAUCUGGACACUAUACUUCUGUUGAUGCAACCUAGAAUAGCAUUAGCUUCUUUCUUUCUUUCUUUCUUUCUUUCUUUCUUUCUUUCUUUCUUUUUGCUGUAUCACAUUGUUGACUCAUGUUAAGCUUGUAGCCUACUAAGACCCGUAGAUGCUUUUCACAUGUACUACUGACAAUCCAGGUGUCCCCUGUCUUAUAUUGGUGCAGCUGGUUCUUUCUGCCUAAGUGCAGAACCUUACAUUUGUGCCUGGUGAAUUCCACACAAAACAUUUUGCGAUUCAGAUAGCGCCCUGCGUGCAUUUGAAGAUCCUCUAUUGAAUACAUGGAGCAUUUCCUGAGUCAGAGAAAAGUAUUGGACAAGGGAAGCUUAUGCAUAUGCCUUGGAGCCCCUAUGUGUACAUUAAAGGCCCUUUAUCAGUCUUUCAUUGUUAAGGUAUUUAAAUGUAAAGUUUCUAUUUUAUCCCUUAGUUAUAUAUCAGGAUUGUUCUGUUUUCACUUUUUGGUUUCACACUACUGCAAUUUUCAAAAGGGCAAAAAAUAAUAAAGAUUGUCACAUUGACUGGGGUAGCAACUUACUGGCAACAGCGCUGAAGGUCUCUGAUUCAUUGAUCUAUCCAAUAAAAAAGAAGCACUGCGAGUUCGUGCACUGGUGGGGUGAUGACAUCAUUGUCCCUGGCAACAUAUAGGAGAACUCUGUGUAAGUUCCAUGAUGUCUAGUGGUGGAUGUGAUUCUCAUCUCAGUAAAUGUUCAGCAGCACCAUUAAAAUAAACGCAAUGGGGGCCACUAGGGGGCGCAUCAGAAGAUGGCUGACAAUAACAUCUCUCCGACCCACAUGAGGUAAUUUGGAGGCUAUGAUGGGGGUAAUUAGCCUCCUUAACCCCUCCAGGAUUGUGGGGGGGACGGCCCCUGCCUGCUGUGCCCUAUACCACCCCCGAAUUUGUGGGGAUGGGGGCACUAGGCACAAAGCCCUCCUGUGGGAUUCCGGCACUCCUCGAUGCCGUCUCUGAUCUGCGCCACUAGUUGCAAGAAUCUUCAAAAGAAACAAUUUGGACGAGAUAAAUUGCACAUACUUCAAGGAAAGAGGGGGAGUAAAGACUGCUGACAGAAGAGAUCUCUGAUAAAACAAGACAAGAAUAAAAUAUGAGAAGAUACGUCAAGAUACGGUACGGCAAAUGACUGAGGGGGGAGGGGGGAAAAAACCCUCCUUUAUUUCUCUAUGUGAUUAAACAAGAAUCCCCUCCCCUAAUGAGUCAGAAAUGUCGUUUUAAGGACUUAAGUUGUGGAUUUAAGGCUGUGUGGAGAUAAAUUUUCGAACCAAAGCAAUGUUCCAAGACGAAGCUGGAAAGUUAAGAGUUUUGGAAUGACGCAGUUAAAAAUGCCGUCGCCAUUUUGGGAGGCACUGUCGGAGCUCUUGAGUCUGGGAGGAGAAAGAGAGAAACAGAGUUGUUUACAUAUCAUGGAUUAACUCCUCAGUGGGACUUAAGAGUGACAACUGCCUAAUUUAUGAUGGAAAGAGUGAUGUUAUCUACGAAGGAGAUGAUAUAUGGAAACCAUCUGGACUUAGAUUGGAAGAACGGGAAAUUCACACAGGAUUAUUAUAUUUGCUUAUCGGCUGAAGGAGACUAACAGAAGAGAUCGUAAAGGAAAAAGAGAAAUUAUAUGAACAAGAUAUGAUGUGGAAACACCAAGAUAAGAUUGGAUAGAACUAUGAACUCUGUUUGGACUGAUUGGGACUGAUUUGGACAUUAAUGCAGUAAUAAGAAGAUGAUUUGAAUCCCCCUUUGGAUCUUGAAGUAUGGGUUCCCCCAACAAAAUUUAAAAAUUUGGCUUUGUAAUUUGGAAUUUAUGUGAUGUGAUUUAAUUUGAUGUGAUUGGCCAGUUAAUAAAAAUUAUUUAUAAAAAAAAACAAAACGCAAUGUCUCCAUCCUGGUAAUAUAGUGGUAACAUAUGGUUGUUGGUUCUUCUAUAUCAACAGGGCUGGAGAAGGCAUGGUUUCUACUGUUACUUAAUUGAACAAACAUCUGCAACAUUUUCAGAAGCAAAGACAUCAUGUGCAGCAAAUCACGGAUCUUUGACUUCUGUGGAAAACAGGUAUCAAAACUAAAUGGUCUUGCUGUUUGGAGGGCAUAUACUGUAUUCCUUUCUUCUUCCCUUUGCUGGACAUGAAAGAGAAAUGAUUACUUUUCUUGUGACUAUGGGUUGUUUCCAGCUAAGGUUUGCUCACAUUAAACUUACUGAUGGACAUAAAUUAUCUGUGCUCAUUAAUUUCAAUGGGUCUACUCUAUUGUGAACAGGACUAACAACCAUAUGUGUUUUAUGUGAGUGAAAUGUGUAAUUGCUAUAUUUCUUUGUCACAUAAUGAAUAUUAAGAUUUGACCUGUAGCCUGUGACUAAGCUACUUUCUUGAAUUAGCUGCUCUAUGUUUCUUGUGAAUUUCCUACUUGAUUUGCAAUCUGUGGCUUGCCUCACUUUCCUGAAACUUCUGCACUGCAUGGACCUUGCACUCCUUGUCACUGAUUUCAUUACAUGCAACUCCCAGUUUACACGGGGCACUGUGUGUCUAAGUGAAAUUACAUAUAUUUGAAACACCACUGAAAAAGCCUGCAAACACCUCAUUCUCCUCUGCCCCCACCCUGAUCUGCCCAUUUUUGUAUGGGGUUUGGGUCACUUCCAGGUUCAACGUGAUGCAUGCAUGCACAGACACACACAUAUUGACUGUGCCUAUAAUGGUUGCUGCCUGUAUUGUCCCUGGGUGGUGGGGAGACUUUCAAAUCCAUUGUUUUUCUCUCUCAAGUGAGUGGAUGUUUUCUAGAAUUCCUUAUAAAAUCCUUAAUCCUAUCCUGUAUGUAUGUUACACAUGUCGCCUAAUGUGCAGCCUGGGCUGAGAUUCUUCUGCUUCAGUUAUUUGCUCUGGAUGCACUUGUAUUUUUUGUUUUUCACUUGUAAAAUUGCUGUAGACUGAAUUGUAAAGAUAGAUGCAAAAUGCAGGUAUAUUGCUUAGUGACAGUGGAUCUAUUGGUUUAGACACUUCCCUUUCUCCACUGUGACCUCUCCAUUGUCCUGCUAGGCUCUGUACUUCAACAGGAAGAGAACUGUCCUGUGGUAGGCCAUCAAUUUAGUUUUAAUAUAUAGGAAAUUAAAAAUAAUUCGAAAGAAUUGAUUACAUAUUCUUCUCCACAGAUAUGAACAGGCCUUCCUGACUAGUCUAGUUGGACUUCAUUCUGAAAAAUAUUUCUGGAUCGGCCUUUCAGAUGUAGAGCAACCAGGGACAUUCAACUGGACAAAUGGAGACGGUGUUCUGUUCACCCACUGGAACUCAGGAAUGCCUGGUAGGUAUUGCCUGAAGUCCAUCAGGAAUGGUAUUUCACAAAGGCUUUCUCCAAUUGUUUUGAAUAUCUGUGAAGAACAAGGCUCAGCUGAACUUUUCUUGUACUUCCAAAAGGGCGACAACCCGGCUGUGUUGCCAUGAGAACUGGGACUGCAGCUGGAUUGUGGGAUGUUGUGAACUGUGAGGAGAAGGCAGCCUUCAUCUGCAAACGAUGGGCAGAAGGUUUGACAACAACUCCUGCUCCCAAACCAACUCCUCUGCCUGCAUGUCCAAAUGAAUGGCAUCCAAGCAGUACUAGACGUGUGUGUUUUAAGGUAGGUAUACCAUUUCUUGAGGAUGCAGGUGGUGCUAUGGCCUAAACCACAGAGCCUAGGGCUUGCCAAUCAGAAGGUCGGUGGUUUGAAUUCCCGUGAUGGGGUGAGCUCCCAUUGUUCAGCCCCAGAUUCUGCCCACCUGGCAGUUCGAAAGCACGCUAAAGUGCAAGUAGAUAAAUAGGUACCGCUCUGGCGGGAAGGUAAACGACGUUUCUGUGCGCUGCUCUGAUUCGCCACAUGACCCGGAAGCUGUCUGCAGACAAACGCCGGCUCCCUCGGCCUAUAGAGCGAGAUGAGCGCCGCAACCCCAGAGUCGUCUGCGACUGGACCUAAUGGUCAGGGGUACCUUUACCUUUAUACCAUUUCUUGAGUCAAUUUCAGUGCCAGUUCUUGCUUGUUUCAAAACAAGGAUGGAUACAUAUUUCAGUAUGUCUGUUUUAAUUUCAGUGUUACUGCUCAGUGCAGGUUUUUUAUCGUUACUCUUUUUAUAGUGGGGUUUGGUUCCAUGAUUUAUUUGAACUGUCAAUAUUCAAUUGCUUAUUACAAGUUUUAUAGAUGGAGAGGGUGGAAGGUAGAUCUCUGGUAGGUUUGCAGUAGAUCAAAAUGGACUUACAGAACUGGCAUUAGAGCAGAAGAAUCAACCUUCUGACCUUCUGUAGAAGAGAGACUGUGCUUGUGCAGUUUAUCCAGGACUUUCAGAUGGAAACACAGAGAGAUUUGUGCUUCCCUGUAUUACCUGCUCUCUCAAGAACCACCAGUCUGGGAGUUCCUUGUGCAAAGGCAGGAGGAAGGGCAGCUGGUGGGAGGGACAAAAUGUUGGGAAGAAAGUUCAAACUGGCAUCAGUGGGAGCCUCCUGCACAAAGCUAUUUCCGUACAUUUUAAAAACAUGUACAAUUGUGCCAUGUCUACUUUGGUCAUUAGCCACCAUUGUUAAAUGCCAAAUAGGUGUUCAUGCAAACCACACAAGAUCUCACUGUGAAUGAAUUUUGCAAGAUUUGUUAUUACCAAUAUGCAAUUGUAUUUAUAUGCAUUUAGGCCUAUUACAAAGAAACAAAGAACAGGAAAUCUUGGUUCGAAGCGCAAGAUUUUUGUAGAGCAAUUGGAGGAGACCUAGCUUCUAUUCACAGUGAAAAUGAAAGAAAUGUUAUAAUGGAAUUGUGAGUUUCAUUGAAUGGUAUUUCCUUCACUUUGUCUCAGUAUCAAAAAGGGUUGGGGAAGACAUUUGCAUUUUUUCUUGUGAACCUCCCAAUUGACACUUCCUGAACCAAGGUAUGAACCCAAAACACCUCUCUCCUCUGAAAUGCAUGUACUAAAAUGGCCUGCCUCUCACUCACUUCCCUCACACCCCUCUCUCUUUGCACAGGUUCUGUAGCUGCAGUUUGUGUGUAACUAUCUUACAAUGCAGUUGUACCUUGGAAGUCGAACAGAAUCCAUUCCGGAAGUCCGUUCAACUUCCACAAUGUUCAGAAACCAAAGUGCGGCUUCUGAUUGGCUGCAGGAAGCUCCUACAGCCAGUCAGAAGCUGCGGAAGCCCCGUCGGAAGUUUGGCUUCCUAAAAUAGUUUGCAAACUGGAACAGUCACUUCCGGGUUUGUGGCAUUCGGGAGCCAAAACAUUCGAGAACUACCGUAUUUUUUGCCCCAUAGGACGCACUUUUUCCCCUCCAAAAAUGAAGGGAAAAUGUGUGUGCGUCCUAUGGGGCGAAUGCAGGCUUUUGCUGAAGCCUGGAGAACGAGAGGGGUCGGUGCGCACCAACCCCUCUCACUCUCCAGGCUUCGCGCAGAUCUCCGCAAGCCGUGGGAGCCCGCGCCGGGCUCCCGCUGCUUGUGGAGAGUUGCCAGCAUGCCAAAGGCUGGGCGUGCUGAGCUCAGCGCGCCCAGACUUCGCACACCUCUCUGCAAGGCAUGGGAGCCUGGCGCUGGGCUCCCACGGCUUGCGGAGAGUUGCCUGUUCUGGGGGCUGGGGUCGGGGGAAGCUCGGGCUUCCCCCACUCCAGCCCCGCGCCUGGGGGGGAAAAUAAUUUUUUCCCCCUUUAUUUCCCCCCCAAAAAACUAGGUGCGCCUUAUGGGAAGGUGCGUCCUAUAGGGCGAAAAAUAUGGUAAGCUGUUUGAAAAACCAAGAUACGAUUGUAAAGGAAACACAACUUGCUAUAUGUUGAGGUGGUAACAUUUCCUACUGCCCCACACUUUCCAAGAGCACCUCCUGUUUCCAUAAAUGAACCAUGUGCAUAGGGUUGUGUGCAUGUCCAGUAAGAGCGAGGCUCACUUGUAGGGUGAUGGUUAUGUGGGUGGAAAAGCAGCAUGGCCCUGCUUGGCUGGGGUGGGGGCGCUCCGGCAUCAUCAGUGGCUUGCCUGCCCCGGGCGCCAACAACUAACACUAUGCCACUGCUUUCAGUCUCCACUUUGCCAAGCUUUACUAAAAGUAUAUUAUCCCACCACUUCUUGAACAUUCAUCCCAGUGACCAGCAGCUGGGAGCUACCGAUUUUCCUAGAAGGCACUACAUUGUCACAUAGUUAGCUUUGUUCUGAGGGGGGCUUCUGGGAAGCAAAAGGAGAAAGUUUUAUCAAAUGUAUAAAUGAACUCAUGGGCUGCAGAGGACUGGGGACACCUGGAUUAUAAUGUGGUCACCUAUACAGAACCAAUAACUUAGUUUGAAAUCCAGGUGUGCUUAAGAAUUGACCAUGUGAGCAGAAGUUAGGCACACACAGUUCCUGCUCCAAACAGCACACCCGCUCCAGAAAUCUGAUACUGUACCAAAAAUUAAAUGUAUGAACUGGUGAUAGAUUCAUUUAUGCUAUUUUCCUAAAGAAUAUCAAGCUAGUCGCAAUACAGACAACUUCCCAUUUACACGCGUUGCUGCAAACUUACGUGUUGCUGUAAGUGGCACGACAAAGCACAAAAACAGCCCCAAAGAGUGCAAAAACAGCAAAAAUGGCACAAAAACAGCACACAGCAUUCUCAUUGGCUUUUCCAAGGGCAAUCCCAGCAGCCUUUGCAUUGACCUUUGAGGCCAGUGGAGAGUUGGAGUUUGAGAACGGUGGUUUGGAGGGAGCAAUUGUGGUCUGCUGUUUUUAUUAAAAAAAAGGUUCCCAGAGGUUUUGGAGGGUGUUUACAGGCUUUUUCAAUGGUGUUCAGUAACAUGGUUUUACUUAAAGGUAUGGUGCCUUGGAAUGUAUCCCUUGUUAAAAUGGGGAGUGGUCUGUACCAUGAAGUUUAAAACACCAACUGUAUCUACAUCCAUACUGUGUUUGCAAUUUUCUGAUCUCUGUAUAUUUAUUGUUAUAUAUUUUAGAACUAGGAAAAAUUAUGAACAUUAUUGGACUGGUUUCAGUGAGUUGGCACCCAAUAAAGGAUUUACUUGGAGUGAUGGAUCUCCUGUAAGUAAAUGACCUCUUACUCUCGAACUGAACUUUGACAGAUCCCAUAGCAGUAUUUUCGAUUUUAAGUCACUGGAAAUUUCAGUUUUUAUAAACAUGAUUUGCUUGUAAUCUAAUUUUUAGAUUCAACACUUACGGCAGUUACUACGAAGCAGUGGCGGAGCUUCAUGCUCCAGCAAUGGGGGGUGGAGAGCAGAUGGGGGCGUGGCUGGCUGACAUCCUGGGGGCAUGGCACGUGUCCCGGGAGCAUGGUGUGCCUCCCGCAGGGGUGUGGCAUGCAUCCUGGGGCCAUGGCACGCCGCCUACGGGGUGCGGCGCCCAGCGCGGGCCAGGUGGGCAGCCACAAUGGCACCCCACCAGGAUCACGCUGCUGGGGGUAAUGCGCUCCCCCCCGCCCCCUCAUCUUCCACCAGUGCUGAAGAGUUGCUGCUUGUCCGGUUGGAUUAGAUUUGUUUUUAUAUGUUUAAAUGAACAUUCUUUAUUUCAAAAACAAGGAUACUGGAGCAGGAGAGCACACGCUGACUGCCUGGUUUAUGUUGUUUUGAGUAUGUGGGCAGGUAGGCUGCACUUCUGGAACCAACAAGUGUUAAAAUCUAAGCAAUGAUUCAGAUUCCUGGAACAGCCAGGCUAGCUUCUUGUUAAGGUAACUGGCCAUCCCAGUAACAAAGGAAGCGGUUUGGCACUAGAGGAAAAAUGGGUGGGGGCCCCUACCUCAACUCACGCAUAGUUAGAAAGCCAAAGGCAUGGGCCACAGGGCCAGUCAUCUAGAUAACUUACAGUGACCAGAACUGAUUCUUUAUAGUAACCUAUAGGAUCAACACAGUAUUAAUAAGCAAAUGACAGCCCAUCUCUCUCUCUCUACAUAUGCCCAUGCACACAUUUGUACAAAUCUUUCAAAGACUGCAACAUAAGUCUGUCUCCUUUUCUGUAUAUUACUGCUAAAGCUUUUUUUUUUUAAGAAAGAGUAAGAAAUCUUUAUUUCCACUGUAGGUAGACUUUGAAAGGGAUUUUGAUCUUAGAGGUCCCUACAAUGAAGGUACAGGAUGCAGAGCCAUGUGUGUCUAUAGUGAUUGGCAGUAUUCUGAUUGGUGUGAAUAUUUUAAGAAUUGGGUUUGCCAAAUAAAGAGAGGUAAGGUACCCUUUUAAUCUAACACUAGUUCAUUAAGCAAAGUGAACAGGCUUUUUGCUGCUCUGCUGAAACCUGGCAUUUUAACAUGUUUAUUACAUGCCUAACUUUUCAGAGGAGGAAAUAAUAAUGUGAAAUACAUUCAGCUGUCAUUAAGAAUGUUGCAGAGUUCAGAUCCUUGGCUUUCAUAUUAUGAGAUAUGAAGUACAGGUGUCUCCCCACUUGCGCGUGAUGAGCAGGCAUGCUCCCGCUGACAUGUGUGCCCUUUUCGGCACCAAAAGGGGCAGGAGCAGUACAAGGUGUGGGCAGAACAGGGAAAUCCCCACUCAUGUUCAUCCCAGCGAUGCACACGGUAGCCGGGAACAAAACCCCAGUGUAAGUGGGGAUUCCCCUGUCUUCCAUUUUGAUGAGAACGAGGGAUCUAGUGCAUCAAACUCUUUGUGAAUACAGAAGCCACUGAUUGUUCUGUCGCAUUAUUCUGUCAGAAUUACAGAAAUGUCAUAUGCUAUAAAUGACACUUUAAUUUUUAUGUUCUCCUGUUUGCAAUAUGAAAUGAUGUAAUAAAAUAGAAAUUACACUAGGGUCCAUUAUAAUUAACGUGUUUUGUUUUUCAGGUGUAACAGUGAAAAAAGAUCCAGUCGUUGGUUUUGGUAUGUUGGGUGAUUCCACCUUUCCUUGGUUUACGCAUGCCUCUUUUAAGCAGCACCAUGGAAAGUGGGGCUGGGGCUGCCUUAUCAGCUCUCUUGGGCCAUUGAUGGUUCUGCCAAAGAUGCAGGUGCUCCCUGGCUUGGGCUUGUUCAAUUCUGCCUUCCCUCAGGUCACACAAGUUUAAGUAGCCCCAGGGAAAGUGAGAAAGGAGCCACUCCACCAGUUUCUUUUCAUCCAUUGGAAAUUCUGUCAGGAGCCAGUGGCAGCUGCUUCCUAACCUGGGCUUGCUUGCUUGGAUUACAUAUAAUUGGGGAGGGACUGUAUCUUAGUGAUAGAGCAUCUGAUUUGCAUGAGGGAGGUCCCAGGUCCUCCAUAUCUCCAGGUAGGACUGGGAGACAUCCCUGACUGAAACCCUGGAGAUUACAGCCUGGCGGUGUUGACAGUACUCAGUUAGGAGGACCAGUGGUUUGGCUUAGGCACCCCCUAUGUUCCUGAGUGUCAGAUCUCCUUAGCUGCUGUACAUCAUAUUCUUAUAACUUGAGUUUAUCCUUCUCCUUCCCCGCCCCUUUAUUAUUUUUGCAUUUUCAUUGGCUAAGGCUAGGCUAAGAAGAUUGUACUGCUUUGGAAUGUAGGAUUGUCCCUCCACUUUUUUUUCAGGCUGCACUGCCAGUGCACAAUUUAACAGCUUGACACACAAAAAUUAGCACAAACACUGGCAGAAUGUGGUUCUCCAGCUUCAGAAAAACCACCUGCCUGCCUGAAGUUUAGUUGUACUAGGCAACUACUGAGUGUGAGUGAGAGCAAGAGAGAUGUUAUCUCAGUACCUUGGAAUUUGAAAGGCUUAGUCGCCAAACGUUUUGGCUCCCGAACAAUCGCAAUACGGAAGUGAGUGUUCUGGUUUUCCAAUGAUUUUUGGAAGUCAAAUGUCUGGUGUGGCUUCCCCGGCUUCCAAUUGGCUGAAGGAAGCUCCUGCAGCCAAUCAUAAGCCAUGCCUUGGUUUUCGAAUGGUUCCAGGAAUCAAAUAGACUCCCGGAACGCAUUCUGUUCGGCAGCCAAGGUACGACUGUACUAUGUAUGUCUACCCAGAAUUAAGUCCCACUGAAUUAAGUUCAAGAGUGAUGAUGUCACAACCCCACUGCCCUUCUCCACAAAAAGAUCGCCCAUCAUGGGGAUGAAGGCUGAUUCUGUUUCAUAUCUGGUCCGAAACCCAGACUGAAAAGGCCAAGAAAAUCCGUUCUCUCCAAGAGCAUCUAAACUACUACUAAACCUCUCAUGCACCUUGCCCCUCAAAGGGCCACUGGUGACUUACCAGCUACCUUAUGUGAAAUCAUAGGACAGUACCUUUAAAAAUGCAGUGCCUUGUAUACUUGCAUUUUAGCUCAUGCCCCCCCCCCCCAAAUAAUGCUGUUAUCAUCACCACUGAACCAACUUUUUCCCCCUUGGGAAAUACAUGUCCAUGGUUCUAGGUGCUCUUUUUAUAUUUUACUUUUAAAAUAUUUUAUCGGGGUAACCAAACUGUUUUGUUUUUAGUUGAAUGUGAACAGGAAUAAAGCAUGGAAUAGAAAAGGGGAGUGUGGUGGUGGUGGUGGGGUCCUUAUAAGUUUCAAAACUGAAAUAAUGUAUCUGUCUAAAGUAGGGGGGUCUUCAUUAAGAUCACUGAUGUUGCUUAGCUGGACCACUUGUUCUGUGAAUUAAUGUUAUUCACAUGUUUAUAUACCUCUUCAAAAUCUUUUGAUGAAGGGUAGCUGAGAAAUAUUUUAAAUCAAAUAAAUAAAAAUAUGCUUUCUUUUGCAGAAUAUGCAUUUAAAAGAAUUGAAAAUGGCUGGAUUUUGUAUAAUGAGAGCGAGUACUAUUUCAGCAAUGCAAUUUCAUCUGCAGAAAGAGCAUGGGAAUUCUGCAAGAAGCAACAUGCAGAUCUUGUGGUCAUUGAAAGUGAAACUGAAAGACAGUUUUUGUGGAAAUACGUAAGAAAUAUAUGGAACAUAUGCUUUCCUAAUCAAAUAUAGCUGGGUUUUAAAAAGAACCAGAUACAUUGUUUGAUAAUAGCCAUUUUGUUGCCUGAAGAACAUUUUCUUCUGCAUGGUGUCACCAAAGCUUGCAGAGAUAAUUAGUGCAAUCCUAUGCAUGUCUGCGGAGAAGUAAGUCUCUUGACUUCAAUGGGUCUUACUUUCAAAUAAGUCUGUAGAAGAUUGCAGCCUAAAAGACCUAAUUUGAGCCUUUGUGGUCAUAUGCUUCCAUUGUAAAACAAGGCACUGAUGGGGAAGUGAGACUUGCCAAAUAGAAAUCUACAUACAUUCCUCUCACCAUCACCCCACCCCCCAAAUAAUUGUUACAAUUCAGGCAUGAUUCACAGCCACAGCAAUAUGCUGAUAAUAGUUUCCAUGUGAUCAGGGGUCCGCACAGGUAUGGAAAUAGGAUUCCUGAAUGGGCUGACCAGGUUGUGUGAUAAAUGCCAAAUCUAGUACUAGACUUUCCAGGCAUUGCUUGUGCUGGCAAUUAUCUCAAUCCGUCCAACCACAUGGGAAGAAAUUUAACAGGAAGUGAGGUACAGUGCCCAUCAAACAGUUUCUGAUUAUGCUCCUCUUGUUAGGUCUCACAAGAAGUUAUAUUUUCCAUUCCUGUUGGAGCUGGCAUUUUCUGUGGCUAUAUUGAACUACUUUCCAGCACACCGGGUUCUUUCAAAACCUAAAAAUAGUUGUUUCAGUAUUUAUUUUUGUGACUAAGCAUGUAAUUUUAAUUCCACCAAAGUUAAAAAUGCCAUGCAGAAAUCGUUUUCUAAGAAACUUGAUGGUUCUGGUAAUAUGCCAUCAAAUGUUUGGGAAGAGCAGAAACUUCUCAAUAGAUUCUAUGGGGCCUCUCUUGAAAGUAUGGUGGGCUUAUCACUCAGAGUUUCACCUUCUGUCUUCACCUGCCCAACCACCCUUUCUACCUUUCUCUUCACCCAUUAUGAAAACUUCUUUCUAGCCCCUUCUUAUCCCUCCCCUCUUCUAGUUGGUUAAAUGUUUAGUUGGUUGGUGGUUAUUUUAAUUUGGGUAUAACUGUAAAUUGCUUAUUAUUAUUGCUGCUGCUGCUGUUGGUUUCUAUUAAUUUAUUGGUUUGUUUGUUGCUCAUAUAGGAUAUUUUCUUUUCCAAUGUUUUAUGCUUUUUUGUGAUUUUAUAUAUGUUGUAAGCCGCCCAGAGUGGCUAGGGAAACCCAGCAAGAUGGGCGGAAUAUAAAUUUAAAAAUUAUUAUUAUCAUUAUUAUUAUUAUUUAUUAUUAGUUCUUUCCUCUUUAUUUUCUCCUUUUAUGUCAUUUGUUACUUUUCCUCUUCUUUGUCUUCACUAAGAAUGACAAAUUCACUAAAUGAACAACAGACCAGGUAAACACUGUGCUAUAUUAUGGCCUGGAAGCUGGUGGAGUGGGGUGCAAUGUUACUGAGUUAUAUAGAAAAUAGAAAUCUUCAAAUAACUAGCUAAAAUGGAAACAUUUUUUUAAAAAAACUUUCUUCUGUGCUUACCCUCGUUGUAACUGACAGGUUUUAAUUUGUUUUAAUUGAAAAGCUUUAAUUUUAUUUUUAAACAGCAUGGACAUGCUAUGUUCGUAAUUACAAACCUCUUUCUGUCUUGCCUGAUUCUGCACUUCCUAUGGGACAGCUGAAUUAUCUUGCCCUGGAGAAUAUGUGAUUACUUUAUUGUUGCAUUUACUUCCCAUUUUUCUUUGUAUGUUGUAGAAUCAACUUUAUCGCAGUCAUUAUAACCAUUAUAUUGGUUUAACUGUGGAUUUUGAAAAAAGUUACCGGUAAGUAAACACAAGUAAACAAACAAACAAACAAAAAGUGGAAAUAAGAUUUUUAGUUCUUGUGCCCAAAAUAGCAGUUGUCAUUUUCAUCACUGGAUAACCUUCCUUUGCCUAGAAGGGAUGCGGGUAGCACUGUGGUCUAAACCACUGAGCCUCUUGGACUUGCCGAGUGGAAGGUCGGCGGUUCAAAUCCACGUGAUAGUGUUGAGUUCUCAUUGCUCUGUCCCAACUUCGGCCAACCUAGCUGUUCGAAAGCAUGCCAGUGCAAGUAGAUAAAUAGGUACCACUGUGGUGAGAAGGUAAACAGUGUUUCUGUGCACUCUUCCACUCAUCACUGUGUUCCAUUACACCAGAAGUGGUUUAGUCAUGCUGGCCACAUGACCCAGAAAGCUGUCUGUGGACAAACAUCAGCUCCCUUCGCCUGAAAAGCAAGAUGAGUGCCACACCCAUAGUCACCUUUGACUGGACUUAACCAUCCAGGGGUCCUUUACCUUUUUUAACCCUUCCCCCCUCUCUGCUCUGACUCAACACUGGGUCUAACAGAUCUCAAAAUAUACCUUCUAUGAUUUACUUACUUACUUACUUAUUGCAUACCUCCACCAGGUAGGUUACAACAAUGUAAAAAUACAUUCUUAAAAUUUACUAUGCUGCCACAACUCCUUUGUCUCCCCCAACUUUAUUAAGACUGCAGGCACCACCUUCCCAAUGACAAACUUACUGAGCUCUAGAAUAAUGGAAUUGUAGAAUUUUAGAGUUGGAAAGGAACCCCCAGGGUCAUCUAUUUCCUCCAAGCCUUCUGAGGACACAGCAUUCCUUUCUCCUUGUAACUGGUAUGGUGCAAUGGUUGGAGUGUUGGACUAUGGGAGGCAUAGGCAAACUCCAGCCCUCCAGAUGUUUGGGACUACAAUUCCCAUCAUCCCUAGCUAACAGGACCAGUGGUCAGGGAUGAUGGAAAUUGUAGUCCCAAACAUCUGGAGGGCCGGAGUUUGCCUAUGACUGGACUAUGGGCUUGGAGGCCAGAGCUGAAUCUCAGCCAAGAAGCUCAGUGGGCCAGUCACUAUUUCUCAGCCCAAUGCAUCUCACUAGGUUGUUGUCAUGAUAAAACAGAGAAGGGAGAACUAUGUACGCCAUCUUGAGCUCCACAGAGGAAAAGGUGGUGUGCUGUAUACAUGUAAAAUAAAUAAAUGCCUUCUUUAUCCGUUGAGGAAGAGGGCACUGCCCUAUCUGCCUGAAUCCUAGAUGUUGUAUAUAGCUUGGAUGUGAUGUGUCCUUAGUUCUUGCUCGUAUUUUGCUCUGCUCCCAGCCACACCCUGAAUAUUGAAGCAAAGACAGUCUCCCUCUCCCAAUGGCAGCCCUUUAUGAUGCCGCUGGAAGAGACUGAGAACAAAUCCUGGCUGAUAGUUGUCACUUUCUCCCACACCUGGAACAUCCAUCCUUUUCUCCAUUCCAGCCAACUAAGGAGCAAAAAGAAGGCAUGACCAACCUUACUUCUCCCCACCACACCACCACCGCCACAAGCCACCUUCACUUCUCCCUCUCUGCUGCCCAUCCUCAUAUAAUACAUCGUAAUGUAUUAUAUGAGGCAGGGCUUACCUGCCUCCCCCAGUGUCUUAUUCAAGUUGACACCCCUGAUGACAUAUCAAUCAGGCACUUGAUUUAAUGCGUGGGUUUUUUUAAAAAUGCAGAUUUAAAUUGCCCUGAUUUGAAUCAGUGAACCCUACUGCCUUUUCUUCUAUGGACAGUUUAUGGUUCAUAAUCACUGAGAAGAAGUGGAUAGCUUAAUCACAAAUUUUGUUAAGCUUCAUAAUUGAGAUAAUGUUAUCUAUUAAUAUUAUUUUAUGCAUUAUCUUAAAGAAAAAGUUUUCUUGCCUCAGGCAUAAAAUCCAAAUAACCUUGUGGUGAUAAAAAAAUGAUAUUAAGGAAAGUAAUGGGCAAUUUGCUCUGCUUUAAUAGCAUCUCAAUCUUUAAAGAUAAUGAUUGUUUUCAGAGCCAUUUUGGCUCCAUUAUUUCAGCAAUACUGCUGGAUAUAUUUAAUGUUGUGUCCUCAAAAAGAAAAUCUGACAGUGCUGUCUGAUAGAACACUAAGGUCAACAGCUAAACUGUUUUAUUAGCUUGGUGUUCUUUGGCCACGGAGCUCCAAAAAAACCUGAAAACCGUUGUAAAAAUAUGCAGUAUAAAUGAAAAAGCUAUGACUUUGUUCUGUCCAAUACUGUCAUAUCAUUUCCUCUAGCUGGUUGAAUGGAACUCCAGUUACCUAUGAAGCCUGGGCACCCAAUGAACCCAACUUUUCAAACGAGGAGGAAAAUUGUGUCGUCAUGUAUUAUCAAACAGGCAAGUAGAACAAAAUAUUAUCAUUCUUUUAAAAUAAUCUGAGAAUGUGUGUGCCUGAUAGUGGCACAAAAAUUAAUUUAUAUAUAGUUAACUACUACACACUGAACCUUUAGUCAUGAUAACUAUUCGGUCUGAAUAUACACUGAAGGCCAUUACCUUGCUUUGAACACAACAUAUUGCAGUUAUUAAUAUUGCUCAUUUUGAAGCAAGAGGGUGAAUAUAAACUGGCUCUUCUUGAAAUAAAAAAAAGAGUCCAAUCCAAAAAUAUGAUUCAAAAUCUUUACUAACAGAACUUGUUCCAAAAACAAACAUAAAACAAAUAAUGUAACACCCAGAUAGUUGCACAAUGUUGUGUGCUGCCCCACUCACCCCGCACCCUCUGGCUACACGCAUGUGAUCCAAUGUGGAGUAUGGAGAAACAGGCUGCCAGUUGAAUGGGGAAGACGCCAAGUGGGUGACGUCCAAAAAAUCAAGGCAGCUGCAAAUCCACACUAAACUACCAUGUGGAUGGGCGUUAUAUUUGUAUCACAUAAGCAAGUGUAUACAACAAAAGAGAUUUGGGGAGAUGCUAUACAGGCAUAUACCGUAUUUUUCGCACUGGCCCAUAGGGCACACCUCGUUUUUUGGGGGAGAAAUGAAUAAAAAAAAAUUAUUACCCCCCCCCCCAGCCGCAGGGCUGGGGCGGGGGAAGCCGGAGCUUCCCCCGACCCCAGCCCCCAGAACAGGCUGCUAUCCGCAAGCCUUGCGGGCCCGGCGGCAACUCCCGCCGGGCUCGCAAGGCUUGCGGACACCUGUACAAAGCACGGGGCGCCCUCUGGAGGGCGCCCUGUGCUUCGGGCUCCAGGCUGCUGCCCGCAAGCCUUGCGAGCCCGCGGGAACUCCCCCCGGGCGCACAAGGCUUGCGGACACCUGCUCGAAGCACGGGGCACCCUUCGGAGGGCGCCCUGUGCUUCGGGCUCCAGGCUGCUGCCCGCAAGCCUUGCGAGCCCGUGGGACCUCCCGCAGGGCGCGCAAGGCUUGCGGAUAGCUUCCUGAAGCAUGGAGAGCGAGAGGGGUCGGUGCGCACCGACGCCUCUCACUCUCCAGGCUUCAGCGAAAGCCUGCAUUCGCCCCAUAGGACGCACACACAUUUCCCCUUCAUUUUUGGAGGGGGAAAAGUGCAUCCUAUAGGGCGAAAAAUACGGUACAUUAAAGAUUGCUUAUUUUUAAUAACAUUGGAACUGUAAGUAGUUCAAAUUGUGAAAAACUGCUUACAGUAUUUUAUUUUAUUGUUACAUUUCUCCAUAAGCCCCACUGUCUUCCAACAUGGAACUUAUGCAACAUACAGUUCAUGCACAGCCUCCAUUUGAAGCACAUUGAUCAGACUGAGACCAGCUUAAGUUCAGAAAAGUUAUUGUACCAUGUGCCUUCAGAUUGUGUACUGGCAUAAUUGGUAUAUAUACCACAACAAUCAAGGGCAGUGUGUUGACCUGCAAGCUCUAUUUCCAGUACAAUAGUAGUAGUACUUGCUGUCAAGCCCUUAUUUGUAAUGCAUCCUUGAACGGCUGUUGAUUAUUUUUCAUUUGGGAGUGAUUUAAUCUUACUGAUCAACACAAAACUUCUCUAUUCAGGCUUAUGGAAUGACAUAAACUGUGGCUCUGAGAACGCAUUCAUCUGCGAAAGGGAUAAGAGUUCUGUCCGUUCAGCUGCUGCUCCCACAACGCCUGCACCUGUUGGAGGCUGUGCAGAUGGCUGGCUUUUCUUUGAUAAAAAGGUAACUAAGUGAUUUCCAAUAUACUGGUAUAUUACCCCUUUUCAGUUAUUAUAGCACAUACAGUGAAUGUUUUCCCAGGGCUUUUGAAUAUGCAGUGAUUGCUCUCCAUUUCCACAGUUCUAUGCAAAGGCUCUUUAUAGAGGUUAAAAUGAAUGUGCACGUAGCUCAGGGGUUAAACCUCCUAUCAUGAUUACACAUCUCUCCCCGCCAUCCCGCUUCUGCCGCCCCAUGUCUAUAAGGACUGAAAAGGACUGCUGUGCUGCAAAAUAGAAGUGCCAGAUUUUAAAAUAAGAGGUGGUAUUUUUAAAGUUUGGUUAUGCAUCAGCUACCCAAAAGAGCAGUUAAAUGGUAUUCAGACUAAAUUUUCAGAAUUUGGUUAUGUUAAUUUUUAUUAAAUGACACUCUUAGGGGGGAAACAGGUUAUAUUCUUCUCAAAGAGAAGCUCAAAUGCUUCCCUCCUAUACUGCUCCUACAAUUUGAAAAGUGUAGGCGUUCUUUCAUCUGACACAGGCAAUCUCAUCUUGUUGCAUAGCAGAGCUGGCUGUAGAAAAAACAAUACCAAAACAUUUAAAAGGCAAUGACAUCAUCCAAAGCAUCAAAUUAAAAGCAAUAAAAUGCAGUUUUCAAUCAUUAGUUUUCUGACAUUUAUUUCUAAAAGAAAGUGGAUAUCACAGCUCUUUAUUUUUCUUCACAGUGCUUCAAACUAUUAGGUUUGAAUGAAGAAGAGAGGAAAAACUGGCACGAAGCACGACUUGAUUGCAAAGAAUCCGGAGGAAAUCUGGCUAGCAUACCAAACAAAGAAACACAAGGUGCAGUCAUUGCCUUCAAAACAUGUUGUUCUUAUAGGCUUAAUGUUUUGCAAGUUCAGGAGCCUGGGUUCAAGUUACUUUCAUGCCAGACAAACUGUUACAGGUGGCUCCUUGCCACUCUGGUAACUUGAGAAACUGCAGGACACAUGGAGGAGCUGCUAACCAGGAAAGUGCAACAAUAAAACAAUGAAUAGGGUGAUAAUGCAAUGACCACUGCAAUAGACACAAGAUAAUAUCAACAAGGCAACUAUCUGCAAACAAACAAUAAACAUCCAUAAACCUCUGGUAAAAUCCUGGCCUUGCUUCUUCUGUUGUUGUUUAGUCGUUUAGUCGUGUCCGACUCUUCGUGACCCCAUGGACCAGAGCACGCCAGGCACUUCUGUCUUCCACUGCCUCCCGCAGUUUGGUCAAACUCAUGCUGGUAGCUUCAAGAACACUGUCCAACCAUCUAGUCCUCUGUCGUCCCCUUCUCCUUCUGCCCUCCAUCUUUCCCAACAUCAGGGUCUUUUCCAGGGAGUCUUCUCUUCUCAUGAAGUGGCCAAAGUAUUGGAGCCUCAGCUUCAGGAUCUGUCCUUCUUCUAUGAUCUUCCAAUUCAGCUCUAGACCCUUCCUAAGCUGAAAGCUUUUUGUAGUAAUUUUGGCCUAUUGUUGCAUUUUCCAGGUGCAGAAGGGCUUGUGCUGGAUUAGUUGCUCCUUUUUGUUACCUUAAGGCAGGGUGUCUGGAAUCUGAUGGACUAAAACUCCUGUUAGCUCCAGCAAACAUAGCAAAUGGACAGGAAUGGUGGCAGAUGCAGUCAAUAAUACCUGAGGGGCACUGUGGUGGAAACUCCUGAAUUAAUCAAACUUUAUAGGUUUUUUGUAUACAAAAUAUAUCAGUUCAUGGUAUUGAUUACUUAUUGGUCAUGGUGGUGAAAUCCACCAUGGUGAAAUUUUUAUGUUUUAGUCAUUUUUUUGUUUUUUUGUUUUUUAGCAUUCCUUAUGGUGCAAUUACAUAGUGCUGCAACUGACCCUUGGAUUGGACUGAAUGAUUAUAGUUCUAGUCACAGAUAUAUAUGGACAAGUGGAAGUGGAGUCUACUUUACAAACUGGGCCCGAAAUUUUCCCAAUUACAAUGUAAGUCCUGCCUGCAAAGGCUUUCAUCUCUCCCCCUCCCCCAAGAUGAGAAAUGUAUCCUAUAUUGUAUUCCUGGAACGCCUUCUCAGCAUUAGCACCCCAUUUAUAUAUAUCUCUCUUCUGCCCCCCACCUACUUUGAGGGGCAUCUACAUAGUUUAUCUUUUAGUGCUGAAGUAUCAAAAAUAGGCAGGGAUGCGGGUGGCACUGUGGUCUAAACCACUGAGCCACUUGGGCUUGCCGAUCAGAAGGUUGUUGGUUCAAAUCCCCGCGACGGGGUGAGCUCCCGUUGCUUGGUCCCUGCUCCUGCCAACCUAGCAGUUCAAAAGCACGUCGAAGUGCAAGUAGAUAAAUAGGUACUGCCUCGGCGGGAAGGUAAACGGCGUUUCCGUACCCUGCUCUGGAUCGCCAGAAGCGACUAAGUCAUGCUGGGCACAUGACUCCCUCGGCUCCCUCGGCCAGUAAAGCAAGAUGAGCGCCACAACCCCAGAGUCGUCCGCAACUGGACCUAUUGGUCAGGGGUACCUUUUCAUUUUUAUCAAAAGUAGGCAGUAGAGUUGUAAACAGAUUCUGAAGAGCCUCUAUAGAAGUUGGUGUGAAGUAACUUAUAUGCCAAAUAAGGCCUGUUGCUUUAAUUGUGUCAAUUAAAUUCGGUCUGGAGGGUUGGAAACUUCCCCUCAACUCUCUCUGGACAUUUUUAUUCUGUUUGCAUUCUGCCAGUGGAUGAAAGAUUUGAAGAUAAUCUGUCAAUGCUUAGUUUCCUAGUUAGAGUUAACACCUUCCUCCCCAAAACCCACUGAAGCAUUGCCAUUCGUUUCAAUUGUACAUUUCCUACUGAGUUGGGGAAUUCAGACAUUCUGAAGGGCAUCUCACCCAUUUCCAUACACACUUUCCUUGAUCUUCAGACUGGUAGGUGCUGCCACAUCAUUCUCAAAUAGCAAUCACUUAUAUUAGGUCUUACAAGGAUUCAGAAACAUGCUGAGAAAGUUGCAAGAAUCUGAGAUGGCUUCUAUUGUAGCAUUUAAAAUAUUGUCCUGUCAGUGUGCUGGUGGGAUGAGUUAUUAGAAUACCACCCACUGUCUAGGUAGAGUUACUGCUCCCCUUUGAUGCUCACACCUGACAACCCUUUCCUUAAAAAGCUGUGGUCAAUCUUCUGCCAAGGCUAUGCCCACAUGCCAAUCACCUGGUAUCAUUAGAGCAGGAAGAAAGGAGGAUGGACUUCUGAAGCACUACAUGUUGAAAUCCUGGCAAUCAGCUGACUUUCAAGUACCUUGACCCCUGAUGCCAUUGUGGCAUCAGGUGAUUAACCAGCUCCCCCCCCCCCCCGCUACAUUUAAACUCUACAUUUAUGCCUGGCUGCCAUUUUAUUUUUUCCCAAGACUAGUUUUCAGGAAGUGUCCUGAAUCCUCACUCUGAUACAUGGACUCCCUCUUGUGGGGGAGCUUGUGCGGAAAUUUAUCACACUGGGUACUCAGUGGCAAUGUACUAUUUCUGCCAAGACUUGAACUUAAAGGUGAGGUGGAUGAAUUGUCCGGCAGGAAGAGUGUUUCAAGCCAAGCUGCUUGUUGGAAACAGUAUUGUAUCAGGAAGAGUCAGGCAUCAUGUGAGCAGUUUUAUAGCUGGCCCUGCUGACUACCCUACUUCCUGUAAACUUCAACAGGGCCCUCAUCCAGAGCAUGCAUCAUUAAAAGAUGCCUACCCCUGAGUAGGGUGCAGAGAUGGGAGGCCUUGUGUUGCCAGACAUGCAGUGCACCUUUAGCCUAGGGUUUGAUGUGGACUUGGCACCAUCUGAUCCUGGAAUCACACAAGCAAUUGUGUAGUCUGGAUUGUGUUGAGUUGUAUGAUCUGUUAGCUUUCAUCAGGUAUCGUGAAUUCACAGGCACCCUUAGUUGCAGCAAUCUCAGGGUGUUUGUUGGACUCCACUAACUCCCUUUGAUCCCAGGAUACAAUGGGGCCAGCCCCUCUUUAGAUAUUUAAUUCAGUGGUGGAGGUUGUUUCUUGGCUGGGUUGGGCAAGACAGUGAUGAGAAGUGAUGACUCAUGAGAGCUAUCAGUGAUGAGAACUAUCCAUCUGCAAACUUACUACCCAUCCUUACUACCCAUAACUACCCAUCAUUUCUAAAAAGAUAGGAUACUGUUUUCAUCUAGUUUGAGAAGUACAAAAGGAGGGCUCUUAAGAAAAAUCUAUGAUAAAAGGAUUGUCCCCUACACAAUGUAAGUGUUUUUAUUCCUUAGGGAGACUGUGCUUUUAUUAUGCAUGAGCCUCUACCGAUGGCAGGAAGGUGGCGAAAUGGACCAUGUUCUGACAAGAAAAGCUACAUCUGCCAAAGAAAUACUGGUACAUUUUAAGUUUAUUGAUUACGGAUGUUUGCAAGUUGAUUAUUGAUUACAGGUGUAAGCAAUUUUUGGCAUAGGCAUUGGGUAUGUAUCCUGAAUCAACCAGUCAGACUGCUGAUUUUUUUUCUUUUUGGCUUGGUCGAACUUGGAUUAAGGUUCACCCUAUGACAGGCACCCCCAAACUCGGCCCUCCAGAUGUUUUGGGACUAUAAUUCCCAUUAUCCCUGACCACUGGUCCUGUUAGCUAGGGAUGAUGGGAGUUGUAGUCCCAAAACAUCUGGAGGGCCGAGUUUGGGGGUGCCUGCCCUAUGAUGUACAGUACAUCAAACAGAGUGAUCCAUCAGCCCCACCGCUCGGGACAGGUCUCAUGGCCCAUCAGCCCCCAUCUGGCCACUAUCCCCUCCUUUAUUGGGGUACCAAAUCUUUUUAGCAGGAAGGUGUGGGAUCCCCAACACUACCCCCUCCAGGCUAAGGAUCCAAUCCAAUGCUUUACCCACCAUAAAGUUGUGACAGUUGGUGACCACUGCCACGAGGUAGGCAGAAACCUCUAGACAGGCCCAGUUCAGCAGCAAUAAAAAUUCCUACGUAGCACCAAAUAGAAUGAUGGAGAAUCUCCAUAGCUGGAUCUUGAGCAUGGCCUGCCCACUUACCUCCAGGCAGGACCGGAGGCUGAUACAUAGGGAAUAAGGGUGCGGGAUCUAGUGGCAAACAAGCCAGGAACCACAAUCGUGGUGCCCCUUUAUGAAUGACAUGGCCAUACCCACUAGCCUGCCUGUCAUAGUCCCAUUAAACAGACAGGCUCCCACCAACUCGCAUGACCACAGGAGAAGGAUUUUGUCCCCCAACGGAUGUGCGGGACAGGAAGAAGGUGCCCAGCUCAGCUGUGGUCGCCCCAGGCCACAAACCAUCACUCCCAGGGGACUUAAGGUAAGUGGAAAAUCUGCCAAAGAAACACUGGUAUGUUUUUAGGAGAAAAGUAACAGAAAAUUCACCCAGUGCUAUACCAGCUGCACUGGCUCCUGGUGGAGUACAGGAUCAGGUUUAAGGUUCUGGUUUUAACCUUUAAAGCCCUAUACGGCCUAGGACCCUCGUACCUACGGGACCGCCUCUCCUGGUAUGUCCCAAAGAGGAACUUACGGUCUUCAAAUAAAAACAUCCUGAAUGUCCCAGGCCACAGAGAGGUUAGGCUGGCCUCAACUAGAGCCAGGGCUCUUUCAGCUGCGGCUCCAAUCUGGUCAAACGCUCUGUCACAAGAGACUAGGGCCCUGCGGGACUUGACAUCUUUCUGCAGGGCCUGCAAGACAGAGCUGUUCCACCAGGCCUUUAGUCAGAGUGCAGCCUGACUCCCUCCUUUGGCAAUCUUCACAGAACUUUAGCUUAAUGGUUGCCAUCAAUUUGAUUUUAAUUAAUUUUUAUAAUGAAAUGUUUUUAGAAUGUUGCACUAUUUUAUUGUUGUUAGCCACCCUGAGCCCGGCUUCGGCUGGGGAGGGCGGGAUAUAAAUAAAAAUUUAUUAUUAUUAUUAUUAAAAUAAUAUGUAAAUCAGAUUGCCUUAUGGAGACCAAAGGCAGUUUUCUAUGUCAUAUCAUUUUGUUCAUAAAUAAAAAUUAGAUGGCCACCUGUCUUUGUAUUAGAGAUUCAACACUGUGCCGUAUAAAGAAAAAACUGCAGUUGUGACAACUAUAUCUUAUAGGUGCAUAGAAAUGAACUCUUAUGAGAGAGAGCCUCAGAUGUGCACCUGCUUGGCUUUUCACCCCUGAAAUAGGACUGAAAGAGGCAUAAGUUGAGUUCUAUUUCUGUGUCAUAAUAUCUAACCAUAUUCAACAUGACAGGAUUCUCCCAUAAUCUGUGCAAGUUCAUUUGACCAGAAGAACAGAACUCCAUGUGUACAGCUGUCCUUCUAAGUGUAUUUCUUGAACCCACUGUGAAUGACUGAACAGAGGUUUAUUAUAGGAAGCUAACUGAAGAAUAGUUUCUUGAAGUCUCUGUGAAGAAAUGAAUGUGUUUCAAAAGGGCCUGUUGACUACAUGUUGGGAAUUUGGUUUGCUUCUAUUGAGACUAUAAAGGAAAUAUAUUUUGAUGCCUUAUCUGUAUCAUCUUGAACUAGAACUAGAAUGUUUUUGUUGACAUUUAAAAUGUUGAUUUUCAAGGUUUUUAAAUGUUUCAUUGCCAAUUUUUAGUAACUUUGAGAUAUUAAAAUGUAUGUGAUAACAAUAUUACAAAAUUUCAGUAUCCAGUGAAAUAAAAUAUUUGUAACAUAUAAAGUUUAAUCUGGACUUUGUCUUUUCUCUUGAUUGCUUUCCUAUAGAUCCUGCAUUAUCACAGCCCGAAACAAUGGCUCCAGCCUUUCGCCAUAUCCCUUUUGGGAAUAGCAGCUACUCUUUCAUUGCUCCCAAAAUGACUUGGGAAGAGGCCAGGGAAAAAUGUAAUUCAGACCACUCAGAGCUUGCCAGCAUUUGGAAUCCCUACAUUCAAUCAUUCCUAUGGCUGUGGGUGUUGAAAUAUGAAGAGCCUGUGUGGAUUGGUCUAAGUAGCAAUAUGGUAAGAACUUGGCCAAGCAAGCCAAGUUUGAGGCUCUUGUGUGCUGUGGAAAUCAAUCCAGGUGGGAUACCAGUGAUGGAACAACACCACAGUUUAAGAAGGAUAUUGACAAGGUGGAACAUGUACAGAGGAGGGUGACCAAGAGGAUCAAGGGCCUGGAACCAUAUCUUAUGAGGAACAAUUUAGAGAGUUGGGUAUGUUUAGCCUGGAGGAGAGAAGACUGAGAGGUGAUAUGAUAGCCAGCUUCAGAUAUCCAAAGGGCUGUCACAUGGAAAGGGUGGGGCAAGCUUGUUUUCUUGCUCUGGAGGGUAGGAGAAAUCAGCUGUGAUUUCUGCAUUGCAGGGGUUGGGCUAGCUGAGCCUUUGGGCCUCUUCCAACUCUAUGCAAUUCUCUGAUUCUAUUGAGUGUAUGUGCAGGUGAAAUGAAAGGGGAAAAUAAAUGAUGCAGAAUUCAUGUUGUGGGAAACAAAGAUUUUUCUACACCAGCAUGUGUUGUUCCAUGUCCAUUUGGAUUUUAGACUGGUGGGCACUACACGUGGAUAAACAACCGGAGAUUGGCAUAUACUAAUUGGGCACCUGAAGAACCAACACAGAAAACAGCCUGUGUCUUCAUGGACCUUGAGGGUCGUUGGAAAACAGGAGCUUGCAAUGAAACCUACUUUUCUGCCUGUGAGCAGUAUACUGGUAAGCAAAGGAAGAAUCUGUUUUCAUUAUUCUAACUCCAAUAAAGUCUCAAUUUGAGCACAAUACUGAGAUAUGUGCUCUUGGCACUUUUGACUAUUUUGUAAGGAAUAAAUGAGUAAAAAGUUACUAUUUAAUCCAUCAGGUUAGACUAAUAAACAAACAAAAAUAGAACGGAGGCUACAAUAAGCAAUUAAGCCUCAGGUACUGCAACUAGCUUCCAAAGGAAGGAGGGGUAACGAAGUAGGGGAUCUUUUUCCUGCUUUGAAAUCCCCCUUACCAAAUGGUCUUUUUCCUUGAGUUUUUUUACUGCUGUACCUUUGUAAUUAGCUGCCCUACCCUCUUGUGAGAGGAAGGGUAGAAAAAUAUAACAACAACAAUCUUAUAAAUAAUUUCCAUUGAUGCUUAUUCAAUCCCAUUGAAUGAGAUUGAUACUGAAGCAGAUUGUCUAACCACAUGCUUAAGGAUAUGGCUUGCCACUAAGGAUACAACAAAAUUGUGUUCUACUAAACCAUGCAGACUGAUCAAAUGGUGAACUGAGCCUUGUUAAACAAAUUUAUUCCACUUUCAGAAGAUACAGUUCUGACCACAGUAACCAUCUUCAUCCAGAUUGAGGCUAAAUGUCUCAUUAUUUCUCCACACCCACACCCACACACACCAUGUGGGUGUGUAUUUCAGAUUCUAGGUGUUGCUUUGUAAAAUCACCUGGUUCUGCUCAGGCCAAUUCCCUGACUGUCCAAUUCAGCUUGAGGGAUGGAGUUCUUUUCCCCCUACCUUCACUUCUGUUCACUGUUCUGAAUUUUUAAAAUGACAGUAGUGGCUGACAUUUGCCAGCAUAGUAAGAGCAUGGAUAAAGUCUGCCAAAUUAUAAACCAAUUGGUCCAGGGGGUUUUACACUAAAUACCUUGAUCUCUCUGAGAUAUCAUGCUUUGCUUCAUGAUUCAUGAUUUCUCUGAACCUUAUGCACAUCACUAGUGUUUAUAGAUUUCUAAGAUGCCUGUUCUUUUUUUUGAAAGAAAAAUAUGUUCUCCAUAAUAGGUACAAUCCCAACUGAGGAGCCACAGCUCCCAGGAAGAUGCCCUGCAUCAAAAGAAGAUGGGAAAGCUUGGGUACCUUUUCGGGCUCAUUGCUAUCAAUUCUACUCUGGUUGGUAUGAAUGGCCAACAGCUUUCUUCAACUGUGCUCAGUUAGGUGGGUAUCAUUUUGAAUUAGAUCACAACAUGAAUUUUCCAUUCUAGUUAGUACGGAAAGCCAGUGUGGUAUGGUGAUUACCUGCACUGCAGUUCUCUCCUAUACUUCUCUCCAGAAGUAAGUCCCAUUGAGUUUAAUGGCACUUAUAGAUGCCUAUGUAGAUAUGGGAUUUUAGCCCUGGACUUUGACAAGAGAGGCAGAAGCUCAAAUUCCUGAUCACCCAGAAAGCUCACUAGAUUACCAUAGGCCUUUCAGCUUAGUAUAUCUCAGUUGCAAGGAUAAAUUGGGAAACAUGAUGAGCCCAGCAUCUCAUCGUAAACUCUCAUUGGAGGUAAUGUAUGAUGAAAAUGUAAUAAAUUACCAAACAUAUACUGUUAAUGGGCUGACACUAAAGAACUUUGUGGCUAUUUUCCUUUUAUGUGCAGUUAGAAAUACAGAGUGAAAUAUGUUUUAAGUAUUGGAGUUCAGGAUUUGUGAACCAUCUAACUUGUAAAAAUGACAUUUAUUUUAAAUAAUAAUAAAAAAUCCUUCCAGUAGCACCUUAGAGACCAACUAAGUUUGUUAUUGGUAUGAGGUUUUGUGUGCAUGCACUUCUUCAGAUACACUGAAACAGAAGUCACCAGACCCUUAUAUAUAGUGAGAGGGAGGGGAGGGGUAUGACUCAGAAGGGUGGUGGGAAUGGGUGGUUGGCUGAUAGGUGUGGUAAACCUGUUGAAGACUGUUAACAACUGCAAUUAGUCUUAGAGGAAAAAGCAAAGGGCGAGAUGGCUAAAAUAGCUUUAUCAUGUAUAGUGAGAUAAGAUGAGAGAAAUGUUUGAUAGUAUUACUGCAUUUCACCACAUAAUGGUCACCACCGCAUAAUAGUCUCAUCCCCUUUUUUGGACCCCGAAAAUGGUCCCAGAGUAUUCCUUGCAUAAUAAUUGCUGGGUAACUACUUCUGAGGGACACGGGUGGCGCUGUGGGUUAAACCACAGAGCCUAGGACUUGCCAAUCGGAAGGUUGGCGGUUCGAAUCCCCAUGACGGGGUGAGCUCCUGUUGCUCGGUCCUUGCUCCUGGACCUAAUGGUCAGGGGUCCCUUUACCCUUUACCUUUAACUACUUCUGAGGCUCCUCUAGGCCUCAGGCCUCUUCCUUUUCUCCUCCAGCUGCCGCCACCCCUAUUCCCCUCAUACCUUGCCAGCUUGGCCAUGAGCUCCUAGCAGGAGUGGAGGGAGUGGGAAUGUUUCUUCCCACUUUCCUCCUGCUGCUUUUUUAUCACUGUUUCAGUGGGAACCGAUGCUGGGGAUGGCUGGGACAUGUGGGCUGAGGGGAGAUAUGGCGGGCACUGGCAGGCCUGGCCACAGGCACUGCUGUCACCACUCAUUUGCUGUUCCCAUGGCGUUCCUUACUGGAACUUCCUGUCUAAAUUUGAAUGGCUGUUCCGCUCUUGCAAUUCAAAGUAUAGAGCGGUGACUAUUGUUCACCAUAGAGAUUCUGAUAGAUGAGCGAUGCUGCUGCACAUCAGUAGGCUGGGCAAUGGAACAUAUGCCCAGAGUGGCUGGGGAGGCCCUGCCAGAUGGGCAGGGUAUUAUUAUUACUACUAUUAUUUAUUAUAUGCACAAGGAGGGGCUUCGCUUUUUACAGAAAGGUAUGCUAGUGUCUUUCUCCGUAAGUGUUUUCUCUCCCCAUGGUCCCAAUAACAACAGUUAUUUUGUCUCCAGCUCGUGCUUGCCCUCCCCAUGCCAUCGGCCCAGCUCCUCAGAUCCACCUGCUGUUGUCCCCAUUUUUUCCUUCGCAUAAUGGUCACACUUUUGUAUUUCCCUGUGUAAUAGUUGCACACAUACCCUUUUGGAAUGGAAAAAAGCGGCACCAAAAAUGUGACCAUUACACAGUGAAAUACAGUGUCCUUAAAAGUUUUUCUUAACUAUUAUUAUUGGGGAAAGGAGCUAGGUUACAAUGAUUCUUUUCUACUACAACAUUAUGCAAUAGGAUAGCAAUUACAAUCAUUUGAAAGAAAAAGAUAUACACUUUCUCUAAGGUAUCUAGAACCUUAUAUUGUUGCCAGUACUGCACAGUGAAUCAUUGGUCAUACUCUGUUAGGCAGACUCAUAUUUUUCAAGGGGAAGACAACUUUUUAAUGAGCUAACUUUACUCCUCUUCUGUAUCUUAGGUGCCACCUUGACUUCGAUAGUAGAUUUAGCUGAACUGCAUUUUUUGAUGGAUCACACUCAACAAUUAUCUCAUGAUGAGUAUUGGAUUGGAAUGUUCAGAAAUCACGAUGGUAUCUGUUUAACAUUCAAUAUUUAAUGUAUAAUAUAUUAUUAAUGCAAAAAUAUGUUCAAACUUAUGGCAUUUCAUUUUCGUUUUGGUUUUUGGAAGUAAAAGAGCUCAGCAGGAAUAACUGUUAGCGCAAGCAAAUGGUACUAGCAAAUUCACAUCACCUUGUAUUUAUGAGUCUGCUUGGCAUGCAUUCAGGAAAUUCACCAAUUUUCUGUGAGUUCUUUCAUGGCAUGUGCACUAUCUUAUUGCCCCCUGAAAAGUGAAAUGAUUUGCUCCCCCCCCCCCCCGUUCUUUACUCAUCUCCUAUCACAAGCCAUGGAAGAGAGCUGUCUGGAAAUUCAAAUACCUGCAUCCAACCAAACUCCACUGGGAAUAAUAAAAGGGUUAUAUGUGAAAGGGGGCAACUACAUAAAAUGUGGCAAAAAAUCAAUUUACCCAAAAAAGAUGCCAAAAAAGGUCUGCUUGGUCAAGUUCUUUGAGCAUCUAAAUGAUAGCAAUCAACAAGAAUUUCAACUAGAUAGUAAAUGGUAAUAAAGGAAGCAAACCUCCUUUCAAAUCUUUAAGCCCUGUCCCUAAUCACAUCCCUUUUAGUUUGAUUAUUGCUCUGCUAUCUGCCCCAGAUGUCCCUCUGGGCAUAUUGGGAAUAUAAACAUACCCAGCUGAAGUGAAGGACAUGAGGCAGGAGUUGGUAAUGCAGGUGAGCUGUGCAUAAGCAAGCUGCCAGCUAGCUCUGCUGAGGCUCUUUUUAUUAGCACAAUAUGCAAAACCAGUCAGAUACAUUUUGGACUCUGACCUUUACACAUCUUCCAAUCCCAAGAUUGAGGGGUAGUACAAAGUUAUUUUGGCACCUGUUUCCACCACGUCACUUUCCCCUUGAACAAUGUAUGACGAAGGAGACAAAGGUCACAGACAGGGCACGGCAGACUACUAAGAAAGUAAAAGGUUAGAUAGAGGGCAUGAUGUUUAGACAGCUGCGGUUUGUCUGAGGAUGGAAGUGUGCUCCACACCCAGCGAUCAUUCCUUCACCCAGCUCCUUUAAGUGCUCCUUCUAAGACUUGAUUUAGACUCUGUUAUCUCUCAGAAGACAUGCUGAACUAAAUCAAACAGGAAUUAUUGUCCCAUAUCUCUGCUGAAGUCCUUUGAACUGAGAUAUGAGGCCUCAGACCUUAAGGUAUCCUGGACCCAAGUUGUUCAGGGUUUUGUGUAUCAACAUAAGAAUCUUGAACUUGGUAGUAUGGGGACCACUUAUAUGGCACUUUCCCACAAUGAGCUGUGUCCAAAGCAGCUUACAGCAAACAUUCAAAAUAUUGAAAUGCAGAGCAUUGGAAAUUUGAAUAUACAAAAUGCAGAACAUGUCAGUAAAUUCAAAAAAACAAAAAAGGAACAAUUUGGCAAACAUAGAAUAAAUUCAAUAUUACAAAAGGCUUAAGUACCAACACACAAAGCAAAACAACAAUAAAGGUUCUUUUGCUGGUCUUGCUUCACUCCAAUGAGGCUUAAAUACAGUUCAGAGCAGAAGGUUAAAUGGCAUAUAGCUGGUUCCAAAAGCUCUCCUCCAGAGGAGGGUGACAGCAGCAAAAGGCAAAUGUUGGGGAGCACAAUGAUGGUAAGUCUCUGGGGGCAUCGGGGCAGUGGCGUAGGAAGGAGGGUACGGCAGGUACGGUCCGCCCUGGGUGUCAUCACUGAGGAGGGGUGACAAAAUGGCAAAAAUAUGUGUUUUUAAAAUAAAUUUUAAAGAAUUGGGCUCACAAGACUUGAAAAAAAAGAACAACUUCCGCACCCACUACACACCCCUUCCUAUGCCACUGGUAGCUAGGUGAGGUGGGGGCACUGGGCGGCACACCACAGGGCCUGCAACGUGCCUGAGCCAUGUGUAUCUCCUGAGGGGGAGGUGGCAGGUGGAUUGCCUGCAAGCUCCACAUUGCUUUUUUGAGCAGUGCAGGGCUUGCGUCUCCCCACUGCCUCUGCCACCCUAAAGCUGAGGGGGAGGCUGCGGAGAGGCUCCACGCAGCUGCCCUGCCUUGGCUUGCCCCGCCCCCAUGGCAGCUCACCCCACCCCCGGCUGCAGGACGCGUGCACCGCACCAGGCACCCAAGCUGAUAGCUACGGCGUUGUAUUGGGGGUGGGUUAAUGCUGCCAAAAAUCACUGAGAUCAUUAGUGCAUUCAGUGUUCUGAUAUGAUAAUGGUGGUAGCUUGCACAUUUUCAAAACUGCAAACGUUUGAGAGGAAAAGCAGUCAGUUUAGUUUUAAAACAUAUUUUCAUAUCUGAAGGCAGCCCUGUAUAGGGACGGUUUUUAAUGUUUGACGUCUCACUGGGUUUUUAUAAUUUGUUACAAGCCGCCCAGAGUGACUGGGGAAACCCAGUUAGAUAGGAGGGGUACAAACUGCUAUUACUACUACUACUACUACUACUACUAACAUUAUUGUUUUUGUUAAUAUUGUCUUACACUUAUUAUUCUACUGUUUUCCAUUUCAUUAUGUAAUUUAUUUAUUUUAAUAAAUAGGAGAAUGGAUAUGGCAAGAUAACACUGCACUGGGUUUUGUCAAUUGGGACAAUGAAAAGCCCACAGCUGAUCCUGAGUCAUACCGUUUUAAAGCUGAGAGAUGUGUUUUCAUGAACAUCCAAAAUGGGAAGUGGUUCAGGGAAGGGUGCCGCUAUGACAAGGCAUAUAUAUGUAAAAUAAACAAAAGUAAGUCUUAAAUGGUUAUUAGACUUAAUUUACCAAUAAUUCUGAUUCAAUAUAGUAGUUUAAUGAUGAGUAGAGCUACUGCUUAGGACUUUUUCCUAUCUUGGCAUUUUAACAACAUCCCCCCCCCCCCAGCUAUCCUUACUAGCAAGUUCUCAGCAUUCUUUGUGGCAAUCUCUCCAUAGAUAUACUGUCUACCAUCCUUUAUGUCGCAUAAGCCGCUUUUCAUCAAAUGGAGGCUCUGCUUUUUGUCUUUACCGCUCUUUGUCACUUCCUACUGCCUGUCCAGCUUCUGGCAGACCUUACUGAUGCUUCCAAUUGUUGACACCCUAAUAAUAAAUGGCAGAAGUGAUGACAGAACCAAAGCUGAAGCGUAUUUAUUUUUUGCUGCUAAUAAUAUGAUAGCCUGUCUUUUAAAUAUAAUAAGAUUAUUAACAUUUGAUAAAUACCUAAUAAUAAAUGUUCUCCCCCUUUAUCAUUUACAGUCCCUAGAACUGUGGAGUUUUUAUAAUUCAUAAUGUUUUUUAUAAAUCAGUCCUUUUCUUCAAGAGGAAAUAUAAUUUAAUAGUUUCCACACUGACAGGUUUAAAGUUGAGGUCACUAUACUUGAUGCUGCUAUCACAGGGAUUUGGUGAAUGCACUAAACAUUUCAGAUUCAAUGCUUGUUUAACAUUUUUAAAUAGUCAAGUUUUGUAUUGAAACAUCAGCAUUGGUAAUAAGCACUAGUAAAGAAUCAUGCCUGACUUUUGGUUUUGUAUUUUGCUGUGAUAUCUAUAAUUUACACAGUAAGCAUAUCUUUUGUUUUAUAGUUAUUGAAGAGAUGACAACUCCUUCAAAAAUGCCUGGUAAGACUCUUAUUAAAAUAACUAAGUUAAAGUGUUAAGCAUCUACCAUUGGCAACAGCAGGUGGGUUUUUCCCUUAGACAAUUUAUAAGAUUUUCUAUCAAAAAGAGUAAAUCCAGAUUAAUGGGGCCAGAGGAAGGAAUGCAGGCUGGCAUUCAGGUGGACACUGCAAAGACCUUGCAGACAUCAGGUCAUUUUCCCUACUACAGCUCAGCUCUCACUCUUUGCUCCCCAUUUGUAAUGAGAAUGGUAACCUUAUUCUAAAUUAUGGAAGUCUCAUAAAUGGUGCAACUGAGGCCGCAACAACCUCUCUGAUCCAGAUCGGGUCAUUACUCAGAAUGGUGGGCAUGCUGAUCACAAUGAUUCUGAAUUGUUUCACUACUAUUAUGUCAUUUUGCUUGGAGGGCUGCCACUCCCAUCCCCACCCCGGUAGCAGUCAUGUCUUUUGUAGCAGGAUGGCAGGCAAAAAUCAACAGCAGAACCUUCUCUCAGGGUAAUUCCUACCAGAUAUGUGGGCAUGAACUGGUUCUGCUGGCUCUACUGGGGAAGAAAGGAUGGCAACUCUUUUCUGGUGAAGAACAUAUACUAGGAAGCAGGAGAGGUGGAGGAUGGGAGAGAGAUCUUGAUUUAAUUGAAAAUUCAAUAGUGUCGCAUGUGAAAAGUGGGGCGGGGGGAGAGGGUAAGUUCCUCUCUCAUCUGCAUUUCCAUAAAACAAUGGUAUCCUGUUAAAGUUGUAGUGCAAAUUGCCUUGACAUUUGGGAAUUGUUCAGCUGCACUGAAAUAUCCAAUAUCUUUUGGGUUGGAUUCCUUCAGAACCUGCCAAAACUCUUUUUUAAAAAGGGCCUUUCUUUUUCUACUUCAAGGAGAAUCAGAGCAGCUCUCAUACAUAGGUUCUGAUUCCACAUCAGUUCAGCUUUUGCAUCUUUUUCCCUCCCUGCCCCUCCCCCCGUCAGAUGGCCAUUUCCUUGGUUUGUAAGCUCACAGCAGACUACGCUUAGGUGAAGCAAACAACACCAGGGAUGUAUGACUGUUGGGUUUGGUUUCUUUCAGCUUCUCAUUUUUCCACCUUAAAUUCAUUUCUCAUCAUUCUCCCACCCAUUUGCAUUCACGGGGUUCUGAAAAUUCAACAUCAUUUUAUGUGGGGGGUUUUCUGAGCAAAAACAUGUUUGUGUGCAAUUUUCUCCAAUAUAAACAUUUUUACAAAACAAUUUCCCUAAAUACAAUGCAUUUUUGUAUGUUAUUUUAACUAAUAUCUGUACUCCUUACUCCAGUAUAUGCAUUUUUGAACAUAUUACUUCACAGGAUAACUGGAUUACAAAUUUCAGGCAGCUGAAAUUUUUAAAAGAUGGCUGUUUUUCAGUUUUCAUAUUGUUUUAGAAAGUGUGAAUUUGGUGGGUUUGACAUUAAUUUCUCCCUUAUCCCUAAACACCACCCAGCUGUCUUUCUUAGUCAUACAAUGAGAUAGCCAUUGGUUAUAGUAUAAAGUAGUUACUGCUCUCUCUGUGUGUAUGAUGUACCUUUUUUUCCCCAUUAGUAGAGCAAGAAGACAGUCUGGCAUCAACACAGGGCAGAGUUCUGAAGGCGGUUCUCCCGAUUAUCUUCCUCCUCCUCAUUGGUGUGGGUGUAGCAGCCUAUGUUUUCUACAAAAGAAGAGGCAGACGACAAGAAAUCACUGGUAGCAUUGACAACCCUAUGUAUAACGACAAAGUAGUCAUUCUUCCAAAUAAAGAUUCAGAAAUGGGUGAGGAUGAAAAAGAGGGAGAUUAACAAAUGUGUAACUCUAUAUGCAUUUCCCUGGGAGUAAGUCACAUUGAGCUCACCAGGACCAUUGAUGGAAAUUAAUUGUUCCAAGCUGCAAUAUGUAGUGGUACUUCCUGUGACAAGACUCAUGAUGUCACAGUGUAAACAUGAUUAUUACUUAGUGAAAACAAAUGCUAUAUGAAAUAUUUUCAAAUUAAAGAUUACUUAACUUGAAAAA